UUCUUUAUAGACGGACUUGAAUUCGGAAUAAAUUGCUUUAAAAAAGUGUUGAAUCUACUUUAAUUAUAAUUAAUGCGGAGUGAAGUAAAAAAUAGUUUAAGUGAUGUUAGACAUUUAGUUGAAAAUGUGAAUGUGAUAGAUUCACAAACAUUUUUUGUUAACUGUUAAAAUCGACCUCUGUACACCUAUAACCUUUAAAAUCCACUUAUUAAACCUUAAAAAGAGAAUAUUUUUGUGCAUAUACCUGUGUGUUUGUGAGAUAUAAAAAUCACGAAGAGGUGGUGAAGAGAGGCAAGGAACGGCCUGUAUACUUGUGAUUUUAGGCUUAAAGGCUAUUUAUUUUUUCUUAAGAGAAUAUAAUAAGUAAUAAUUGUAAUUUUGGUAUUGAAAAAUACUUGAAGUUAAAUGUUUUAUCUGUGAAAAAUAGAAUAAAAUAAAAGUGCAUAUCUUUUUCAAUGUUGAGAAAUAAAAAAAAAUAAAGAAGACAUUAAAUGAUAAAUCAAUGAAAUGGAUAGAGAACCUAAAAAAAACCAGGACCUUGCCCAUUCGCCUAAGUUGGGCAGAAGUGAUGAUGAGGGAGGGGGAGAUGUCGAGAAUAUAGUACACUCAAGGAGUACGUUUGAAGUUAAGGUUAGGGAAUAUGAACAAUUUGAAGAAGAACUACCAACAACUUCGCCUAUUAUUGUCCAGAGUAGCACCGAAAUUCAAAGGAGUAGCACUCCAACACUAACCCCCACCCACCAGCGUUUGAGACAAAAAAUUGCUCUCUAUGAAAAAGUAUGGUCUUCAGGAAGCAGCAGUACCAUAAAACGUCAUUCAGAUGACUCUUCGGAAAGUGUGUCUAUAGAAGGCGAUAUGGGUGAUGAAAGUGUAUUUGAUAUUGAUGUUCCUGCUUACGAGAAACGGCUUAAGGAGGAACGCGACGGGCGAAACCCAGAAAGUCCUACAGUUCCUUUCGUCAAACUUCGCUCUACUCCACAGCCUUUGCCAAGGAGUUCCACUACUUGCGAACAAAAUCCUAAAAGUCCUUUUAAUGUUACAUUGCGCCAUACUAGCCGAAGUAUUCCCCAAGCAGAGGGUCUAACCCUAAGUCGGGGUUCUUCAGAAGAAUGUUUUACUUUUGAAAAGAAAACAUUACGAACAACUCGUGAGACGACCUCCUCUGAUGGCGUGAAGACAAUAGUAACAACUACAACAGUAGGAAACUCUGAUGCGCCCACCCACACCCAUCACAUUCAAGACCGGAUUAUUCGUCAGCAACAAUAUCCUAUUGGUAGUGACCGUGAACGAGGCUCAUCGGAAGAGCAUGAGACUCGCGUUCGAGCAUCAAGUCGGUGUAGCUCCACACCACCCCGCACAAUUGAUUUGACCGCUGGAGGACAGCAAAUUUUAAUUAAAUUUGAUGGAGGCUCGAGCACCGACGAGACUGAUGACAUCAACCGGCUUACAGCAGAAGGUAAUAUUCAAAAUGUUAUGGAAACUUCAGAAAGUAUUAUCACUGUUGGCAACCGUUCUGCUGGCUACCACGGGCAACUACAAAAACAACCUUCUUCAUGGAAAACAAAAACAAAAACAACCACAAGGAUUAUUUCUAGUUCGUCCUCUUCCACGCCUUUUAUUGAAGCCAAAACGAGAACCAGUUUACUUGAAGGCGGCGAUUUAGAUGGUGGUGAUGUCAACCGAUCCAUUGGUGCUAAUUCAACUGGCGGUGGUAUAUCAAUUACUUCCUCUGCAAUUCAUUUUAGUGGUGACAAUAGUAGCUCUCCUGGGAAUGUGAAAACUGUUUUUGAACCCAAAGCUUACUCCACAACUUCCGCAGAGCUACCAAUCGAAACGAAAAUCAGUGAUUCUAGCGCAAUUAGAAAUUCAAUAGAAGAAAGACACCAUAUUGCAAUUAGCAGCGCUGCCAGCAGCACUUGCAAAACCGAAUACAAGGAGUUUCAGUCUACAAUGGCAGCGAUUAACUUUGCUCGCAGUAACUCGCAGUACGAUAGCCAUAUUAAAGAAAAGAGAGAGGAACAAGAACGUGUCCAGAAGAAAACGUUUACUAACUGGAUUAAUUCAUACCUCUCAAAGCGCAUUCCGCCGCUUCGAGUAGAUGACUUAAUCAACGAUUUACGCGAUGGCACCAAGCUCAUAGCGUUAUUAGAAGUUUUAUCUGGCGAAAGAUUGCCAGUAGAGAAAGGACGAGUUCUUCGACGACCUCAUUUUCUUAGCAACGCAAAUACAGCCUUACAGUUCUUAGCCAGCAAAAGAAUAAAAUUAGUUAAUAUUAACCCUGCAGAUCUUGUGGAUGGGAGACCACCAGUUGUGCUGGGAUUAAUUUGGACCAUCAUAUUGUACUUCCAGAUCGAAGAAAAUAGUCGUGCCUUAGAAUAUCUGGGCCAAGGAAUAAGUGGAUCUGUAAGUUCGUUGGAUAGCGUUGGCAAAACUGUGAGCGACUCAAAGGCCGAGAAAUGGAAACAAGGUGCAAGAAAGACUCUCCUUAAUUGGGUGACCAAUGCUUUACCAAAGGACAUUGGUGUGGAAGUGCGUGAUUUUGGCGCUAGUUGGAGAGAUGGAGUUGCAUUCCUUGCACUUAUCGAUGCCAUAAAGGCUAAUUUGAUUAACUUGGCUGAGCUUAAGAAAGCUAGCAACCGUCAGCGUCUAGAAACUGCUUUCGACGUAGCAGAAACCAAACUGGGCAUUGCCAAACUAUUAGAUGCCGAAGAUGUGGACGUUCCAAAACCAGACGAAAAGAGUAUUAUGACAUAUGUCGCCCAAUUUCUGCACAAGUAUCCCGAACCAAAGGGUGCUGGACAAAGUUCAUCAGACAUUCAACUUGAGGCAGAUAAAUUAAGACAUUGGUUACAACAGAAAACACAAGAAUACGAACCGAUGGUUAUGCAAAACUCUUUUCCGAGAGACUUUGGAGAAUAUCUUAUAGCAAGAUCUGAAAUUGAUGCCCAUUAUUCAAUCUAUCAUAGAAUUCAAAAUUUGGUCGAAACUCAAAGCGGAUUUUUGCAGAUUUCGAAACAAUCUUGGGAAGAAAUUCAUACUUUGUGGCAACUGGUACAAUAUCAAAUAAUGUAUUGGUUGUGGCUUUUGGAUUCUGAACUUCCAGGAGAUUUGGGUUCGGUUGGAAAAUGGCUGGCGGAAGCCGAAAAACUUUUAUUAGACAAUGAAAUUCCGAGCAUUAUGAAUGAAGAGACUGCAUCAGUGAUAAGUAGAAAGCUGGAAGAACACAAAUUAUUUUUUGCACAACUACCCAAAAUUGAGGCCUUAUUCGAAAACGCAAAACGAUCUCCAUAUGCUCAGAACGUGCCUUUGGAGCAACUUAGAAAUAUAGAAAUUCGAUUAAAAGAAAUUGGACCAAAAGCAGUUGAGAGAAGGAUUAAACUUAAGUUCCUAGAACACAAAUGUUGCCUUAUAGCUUUCCUCAACCUAGUCGAAAACAAGAUGAAAGGUUGGACGGGGAAAUAUGGAGUUGAAGAGCGAGUCCAACAACAGUUGGAACAGUAUAAAAACUUUGUUUCGCGAAAUAAAAUUUUCCAAGAAUUUCAAAAGGCUUUUGUUGAUAUGCAGCAGGUUGUUGACGAGUAUAAGCGCGAUGGAAAUGUUUCACGUAAAGAAACUGCCAAUAUAGACCAGUUUAUGUUUGAGACAGAAGAACGUUGGAAUCGUGUUUCGAUGGAAUUGAAAUGUUGUCAAAAUUCCUUAGAAGAAGUUGUGACAUGUUGGAAAACGUGGAACUCUUUGCAUCCUGUUUUUGAAGACUGGCUUAAUCAAGCUGAAAGAAAAAUUGGCGAAUCAGAAGACGAGCGCUUGGAGUUUUUCCAAGAUAUUGGUAUGUGGAAAGACAAAUUCCAAACUCUGUCAAGUUCUGCAACAUACCUCAUAGCGUCUUGCCAAGAUCAUAUCUCAAAUGAUCUCAGAAAUAAACACAGCAUGUUGUCAGAAAGAUUUGAGAGACUUUUUGCUAAUACCAAACAGUAUAUGCAUGCUGGUGAUAUUAUACGUUCAAGACAGGAAUAUAAGGCAGGCAUUGAGAAGCUUAGCAAAUGGCUUCAAAACGCGGAAAGGAAACUUCAACAAAAACAUUCCCUUGGAAAUAAUGAAGAAAUAAAAAACUACGCCGAAGAGCUGCAGCACCUGGCUGGUGAAAUUGACGACAAUGAUGAACUAUUUAAGACAAUAAGCCGUAAUUUCCAAGGCCUAAUUCAGGACUUAUCUCGGGAAGAAGUCGAAAAAACUAUGAAAAUUCUUAAGCAAGAAAAAGAAAGCUUGGUAAAAGUGCGUGCAAAAAUUCCGAGCAAACUUCAUCUCAUCCAUCAGUUGAUUAUUCAGCAAGAAUCCUUGGAAGCUGGCCAAAAAGAAAUUAAUCAAUGGUUGAAUGAAGCUGAGAAUCUACUAAGCAAAAACACUUUGAUUGGUGGAAAAGAAAGCGUUUUUGAGGAACUAAACAAAAUCAAAAGUUUCUUCUCUCGAACUGUUUACUACAGAUCAAUGCUGGAAAGUAAAAAUAAAGUCUUCCAGAAUUUGUUGAAAUCUGUAGCAGAAGAUGAAGCAAUAGACACAACUGCGUCCAGACAAUCAAUGCAGCAUCUAAACGAUAGAUUUAACUAUGUCAUACAAAACGCGCAACAAUUGGAACAAAAAUUGAAUGAUACUGCUAUAAGCUGGAAUAAUUUCAAGGACAAUGAGCAGAUAGUAAGCGAAUGGAUUUCCAAGGCCGAAACAGCUUUAUCGGAAAAGCUUAUUGAAUCAAAAACUGUUAUAGAAAACCAGAAGCACUUCUUUGAAAACGUAAAUGAAGUAUGGAUGAGCCAUUUAGUGAAAUCCGCUCAUGAGCUAUCAAGAUAUCUUCCAGAAAGUGAGCAAAAACAAAUAUUAGAUGCAGUAGAAAAUCUUCAAGCCAGAUGGCAAAAUGUGCUUUCUCAGGCUCCAUUGCAUUUGCUUAAGCUUGAAUUCCGUCUUGAUGAAAAUGUUUUUCACCAAUAUAUGAAAGACAUUGAAAAAGAAAUUCAUCUGGAAGAACAGGCCCUGAACCGUAAUGAAGACUUCGAAUCCAUUUUGAACCGCAACAAACACUUUUUCAAUACACAAGGGGCUAUACCUCGAAUUGAAAAUUGUCUCGAUACCAUGAAGCGAUUAAGUGAAGCUUACACAAAUCAAAUGCCAAACGAUAGUAGCUUAAGAUCAAGCUACAAAACAGCUGAACAACAAUGGCAAGAUGUAACAAAUAGGAUUGAAGACCUUGUUCAAACUUUGCAGCAAAUACCUGCUCAGUGGGAAAACUACCAUCGUAAGUUCAACGAAAUGGUCACUUGGAUGAAUUCUGUUGACCGGAGUUUGAAAAACAUUGUGAAUGAAGUCAAUAGCAUGGAAGAAUUCGAAAAGGAAAAAGUAGUAUUUCAGAAAAUUUGUCAGGAAGCAGAUAUGAAGCGCGAAGAUAUGAAGUGGUUAGUGAAAACUUUGGAUUCCUUGCUAGGUUAUGCAACAGAAAAUGAAGCAAAUAUUGAACAAAAACAGCUUGAAGACCUCAUUGCCCGUUACAAGAAUUUAAUUCCUACUAUAGAAGUGACUAUGGUGAAAACUGAAGUCUUUUCAAAAUGUUUCACUUAUCGCAGAGAAGUCCAUGAAGUUGUGUGCCUUUUGUCCAAAGUAAAGGAACAAACAGCAAAUGCAUCUGCUCCAGAUAGCCUUGAAAAAGUAAACAAAAUGAUUCAAGAACAACAGUAUGCCAUUAACCAGUUGGAUCACCAAAGACCACAUAUCAUGUCGAUGCUGCAACGUGGCCGCGAUCUCAGUAAAGAUGUUCAUGCGCCAUCAUUUGUUAAUACCGAAGUUAAGAACCUUGAAACUGGUUGGAACGAAGCGUACACAGAGACAGUUGACAAAUUGCAAGCACUGAAGGGCACACAAAGUGUUUGGAGUGAAUUUGUUGACCAAAAGAAUGACAUUUUUUCAUUGCUUCAGACUGCAGAAACUGAGCUCAGGGCUUUAACUCCUUUACAAACUGAUCCUAAGAAUGUAAGCCAAGAUCUAAAGGCUAAACGUGAGUUGAAUGUAUCCUUGCAGCAGGCUUCUCAUCAACUAAUACCCAAACUUCAUGCACUAAGAGGGCAGCUUGCCCCAUUAGCAGCUUCUGAAAAGCGUCCUAUUCUCGAAAAGGAAGUUGCUGAGGUUGAAAAGAUGUUCUUCAAUACCAUGGAACACGUUAAAGACCGCGUGGGUUAUCUUGAAGACUAUAGCGCAAAGUGGAACAACUACAAAUCUCGCCUGGCUGAGCUCCAAGAAUGGGCAAAUAAAGUUGCGCCAAAGAACAUUGAAGCCUUGCAAUCUGAAGAUUUGACUCCAGAAGAACGUGUCGCCAAAGCUAACACACUUAAGGGUAUUCUAAGCGAUAAAAUGAAACAACUUGAUAUUCUCGCUUCUGAUGCAUCAGAACUAUCCCCUAAAGAGGGUAAUGUUGCAGAAGCUAAACGGCUUAAGGGUGAAAUAGUAAAACUGCAAGAGGUGUUUAGUGCAAUCAAUCGCAACGUAAAUCACCAAGCUCAAGCUGUUCAAGAAGAUCUUAUUAACUGGCAACGUUACCAAGCGGGAAUUCAAGAAAUUAAACCACUGAUAGAGGAUUCCGAAAUUAAGGUAAAUAAUUUAGUCCCCAAGCCCCUUACCUUGCAAGAAGCGGUUCAAUUACAACAGAACGCUGAUCAAUUUGAAGCACAAUGCCAAGAGCAAUUGGACAGACUCCAAGGCAUAUCAAACAUAAGUCAUCAAAUGUUAUGCAAAACAAAUGCUCCUGAUGAAUUAGAUGCAAUGCACUCUCGUUGGACCGCUAUUCAUGAGAAUGCCAAGCAAACUAACACCAAGCUACAAAAACUAGUUUCCACUUGGCAGUCUUUUGAUGCGGAGGCUGAGAAAUUGGAAGCGUGGGUAGAUGAUGGAGAAAAAAUGAUUGUUAAGCGAACAUCAGUCUUAAAUUCUCCACAUGUAGAUAAACUUGAAAAAGAACUCGUUAAGUUGAAGUCGUUCAACAACGAAAUUUCGGAACAACAAGCUAGGCUAGUUGCUUUGGGUCAGUCUAGUGAUCAAAUUGGACUCCAUUUGGCACCCGAAGGUGCAGCUGCGGUUAAAGACAGAGUUACUACAAUGAAAGCUAAGUUAUUAAAACUCUCAGAAGCAACGAGAGCAAAAAUCAAUGAAGUGUCAGACGCCAUUAUAGCCCGACAAGAUUUUAACGCCAAAAUGGCAAACUUUUCUUCUUGGAUGGAUCAUCUUCGUAACCAAAUAGCUCAAGUUGAAGAAAUAAGUCCGGAAUCUGUUGAAACGAGCCUUCAAGUAAUACAUGCUUUGAUGCAAGAACAUGCUGAUAAAAAGCCAAGUUUCAAUUCAAUCUAUGAUGAAGUUAAGCAACUUUCUUUAAGCUCUUUACCAGAAGAUGCAAAUACCUUGAAUGAAUCAUACACAGAUUUGGUUGUAAACUUCCAAAACUUGGAAACAAAUAUGCAGGAGAAAAAAAAUCUUCUAGAGAAGUGGACUGAAAUCUUAGGAUGGAAAAACGAAACGGAAAGUCACCUUAAUUACUUGAAACACCAACUGGAAAAACCUGAUGUUCCUAGUUCAGAAGAACUCACAAAAAUCGUAAAUGAAAUUGAUGGAAUUGCUAAGCCUUUCAAAUAUUGGAAAAAUCAAGCAAAAGAAAUUGACGAAAAUACAAUUGUUCAAUUAAAGGAACCUGUAAACCGACGACCAAUAUUAGCUAGUAAAUUAGUAAACGACCUUGAAAACAAAUUAGAUAACUUGAAAAUUCGUUCUCAAAACCAAAAGCUCCAACAAGAGCAACUUGUAGUUAGAAAAACUAAGUUCGAACAAUUAGAAACAACCUUCGAUCAGAACCUUCAAGGUCAUCGUGCUAAGCUUGCAAACAUUUUGGGCACAAGCCCAACGUUCGAAAACAUUGAUCAGAUAAUAUCAGAUUUGGUUGCUUUGAACGCAGCCUUAAAGCCUCAGGAAGAUCUAAAACAUAAAAUUCAUGAUGAGGGCUCUAUGCUUAUGAAAGAAGAUAUUGCGAGCAUGCCAGAAAUUCAAGAAGUACUCCUAGUAAUGGAUAAAAACUACGAUGUCCUUCAAAAUGAUAUUCAAGAUCGCAUUCAGAAGUACAACCUCAUAAGUCAAGGUUUAAAAGAGUAUGCUGAUGUGAAGGACAAGUUUGACAAGGAACUGAAAAAGGCUAUUGAUUUUCAUCAUUCUGUUCCAACACAACCUCACGAUGAAGUUGAGUUGCAAAGGGCUGCAGACAACACCCGAAAAUCCUUGGAACAAAUAAGAAAAUGCAAGAAUAGUCUAGAUGAAUUAGAACGUAAAGGAAACAAUGUUGCUAAAUUCUUUGAUAGCAUUGGUGAAGCAGUUCCCAAAAAUAUUGCAUCAGACUUUGCCAAAGCAAAACAACAAUGGCAAGAUUUACAUGAUAAAGCUUCAAAGAAUGCUCAUCAGUACGAAACUGAAACUAUAAUUUGGAGCCAGAUCGAAGAUGCCAAAAAAGACGUCUUACCUUGGUUACUGGAAACAAACCAAGGUUUAUGUGAUGCAGCCGAUAACACAAUUGAAAUUGAAUUUGCUCCAAUGAGAUUAAAUAAAUACAGGGCUGAACUCCCUUCGUAUUUGAUUCUAAAGGACAAUAUUUCGGAAAAAUCUCAGGAGAUUCUUAAGGUCAAUAAUGGUGUUCCAAUUCCACCUCUCGAAGCAUUAAAUAAGCUUUUAUCAGAUCAGUUUGCUGAAGUUGAAGCAAACGCGAACCGGCUGGAAUCUAUAACAACAUCAUUUAACGAAAAAGAACAAGAAAUAAGAAAAAAUAUAAAAGCGGCUGGAGAGGAUUUGAGCAAAAUUCGAGAAGCCUUAGUUAAAUGCGAUGAUAUGUCUGGAGACAAUGCUAAGAUCAUGGAACGCUUGCAGCUUUGCAAAUCUCUUCGGACUCAGUUGGAUAAUAAUGGCAGCAAAAUUGAUAAUCUGAGAGAGCGUGUUGAUGAAAUAAGAAUUUUGUAUCCAACUUUCAGUGAAUCAAUAAUACCCAAGGAAUUGAACAACGUCCAAAAAAGAUUCGAGAGUGUAGACCUUUAUGGCAAAAAAAUCGAAAAAUCUCUUCUUCAAUUCCUUAAGAAGAUUCAUGCUGAUAAAGUUGGAAUGCUUAAGCGGAUGAUAACCACUCAACAGGAAAAGGUAGCAUGGUGCCAACCCGAAUCUUCAAGUGAUAAAUAUAAUCUUGAUGUGAAGAAAUCCUCACUUCAAGAAGUCAAUAAGGCAAUGGAAGAUUGUCAAGCCCGACACAGUGAAAUAUUGAAUUCUCUUGAGUUUUUGAGUCUUGUUGAUAGUCCGGAGAACAUAGCAGAACUUAAAAGAGAGGCUGAUGCCUUAAAUGAUGAAAUGAAGGCUCUUCAAACCAGUUUUGAUAAAAUCAAGCAUGUUCUAAACGAAAACUUUGAUCUAUGGAGCCAGUAUGAAGAUGCAAACGAAAAAAUUUCAUCAUGGCUGCGAGAAGUCGAAGGGCGUGCAAAGGCUGAGACCAGUAGUCAAAUAAGUUUGCCUGAAAUUCAAUCCAAACUAAAUGAACUAAAUAAAUUCCACAAUGAUGUUAAGAACCAUGCUCCAAUAAUGACAAAUCUUGAAAAAAUAUCCCAGCAGAUAGUGGAAAAAAAUCCGGAAGCACGAAUUGCUCAGUUUGUUAAUCAUUUGGUUCAAAGAUAUCAGGCUCUUUCUAAAAGUCUAAUGAGUUAUAUUGAACGUGUCAAGAAUGCAGAACAAAACAAUGAACAGUUUAUGAAAGCCAAGAAUGAAUUUAGUGAUUGGUUUGAGGAUGCGAAAAUUGAGUUUCAAGAGCUGGCUCGUAUGGGGUCUCCCGGAUCAUCCUCGGCUACAGCUCAGCAACUACAAACCAUUAAAAAUUACUUGAAGACUUUUGAUAAUGGCCAAGUUCUACUAAAUAAUGCUGUAGAUGUUGGUGAAGUACUGUAUCCGUUGGUAACACCACAGAACAGAGAGGCUAUUCGAGCUGAUUUAAGAAAACUCCGUGAUAAUUACGAUUACUUACGCGAUGAAGCAAAUGCUUUGAUGCAACAGGUUGAAGCUGUUUUAAUUCAAAAGACUUCAAUUGAAGAAAGUUGUACACAGGUUUCAAGUUGGCUUAGUGAAUCCAAGGCUAAAGUUUCGGACUCUAAUGAACUGUACCCAACCUUGGUUGCUAAGAAAGCUGCUUUACAAAAUUAUAAAGUCCUUUUACAAGAGAUAACCCUCCACAAGAAUGCUCUUAAACAGCUUCAUGACAAAGCUGUCAACUUAUGUGAUGACGAAUCAGAACGUAAGACUGAGGAAUCCAUCCGAGAAUAUGAUGAUAUGUCAAAAAAAAUCAACGAUAGAAUAAAUGUUGUAAGCAACCAAGUUACAAAACAUGAAGCUUACGAUCAAGUUCUUGAGAAAGCUCAAGAUUGGCUUAACACAAUUAAGUCUGAAGCAAUAGAUAUUUUAAAUGAAACAACUUUUGAAAAAGAAGGAGCUGAAGAAAAACUUGUUGUUGUUGAAAACUUAAUCCAACAGAAACCAGAAGGUGAUUCGAUUUUCGAAACCUGCCACAAACUUCUUCAAACCGUACUCAGUCAGACUCACCCGAGUGGACAUCCAUUGUUAAUCAAAAGCUUCGAAGAACCAAAAAGAGCCUGGCAGGAAUUCAUGAUACUUUGUGAGGAUUCAUUAGUUAAACUUAAACAACUUUGCAGCAAAUGGGAUGAAUUUGAAGGUUUAAUUGACGGCAUUGAUUCCUGGAUGAAGAAAGUGGAAAACGUUGUUAAAAAUCAAAGUCUGAAGAGCACUGCUGAAGCUAAAAAGUUAUAUCUACAACAACUCAAGGAUAUUGAUCGUGAAAUAGCAGAUCGUGCUCCAGCUAUAAAUGAGUUAAUGGACCAAGGCAGAGAAAUAGAAGGUGAAACUGAUUUAAACCUCAAACUUUCUCGGUUAAAUACCCGUUAUCAAACUCUGAAAAAUCUUUGCAAAGAAAAUACUUCAAAGUAUACAAACUAUGUGAAAGAUCAUGAAACAUUCAACGCCGAUUAUGAAAGCUUCAAGAGCAAAGUCCAAAACUGCGUGGAAGAACUGGCUAAGAAUAAUGAGGUAGUUGGUGACUUUAACAUAUUGCAGGAUAGGCAAAAUAAGAUUCGUGAAAUGUCUGAUAAUAGAAUAAAUGACUCAACACCUUUUGAGGCUCUUAUUGACUGUGGUGAGAAGCUCUAUAGUCAUACAAGCCCUGAUGGUAGAGAAAUUAUACGUCAACAGAUUCGAUCUCUACGCACAAUAUGGGAUAAUUACACUGACGAUCUUAAUUCUGCAGCACAAAAAAUUGACCAUUGCCUUCUCCAAUUCAAUGAGUUCACAAUAGCACAAGAACAACUCACAAAAUGGCUUAAGGAUGUUGAUAAGGCUAUGCAGAGUCAUACUGAAUUAAAAACCACUCUACAAGAAAAACGAGCUCAGCUACAAAACCAUAAACUUCUGCAUCAAGAAAUUACAACGCACAACGUUUUAGUUGAUAAUGUGUGUGAUAAAGCACAAAUGCUUGUCGAUCAAAUCAAGGACAAUUCUCUCAAUACUUACUUGCAAUCAAUCAAGCAACUAUUCAGUAACAUUGUUAACAAAUCUGAAGAUAUAUUGGUUAACUUGGAAUCGUGUGCCGAAUCCCAUGCGGAUCUAAAUAACUUAAUCUCGGCUGGCAAAACCUGGAUCUCAAGUGAAAAGGAAAAACUAUUAGAUUGUGAUGACUCCUAUGGCGAAAAAGCUGACAUUAAACGUAAAAUAGACAUUUUAGCCCGUCUUGCCGAGUCGAAAACACAAGGCGAACAAAUUAUAAAAGACAUUCGAAGUCAUUUAGAAAAGGUUAAGACCACAACCUCACCUAAGGGAAAAGAAAUUUUGGAAAAAGAAAUUGAUGAGUUGGAUACAACCAUUCAAAGCCAUUUCCAAGAUAUUGAGGGAAUAGCAGGCAAACAACGCGAUGUGCUCGGUCAAUGGAAUAACUUUGAAAAUACUUUGGAAGAACUAACCAAGUGGUGCCGAGCUGCUGAGAGUGUUUUCCGUGAUCAGCAAUUGCAAUCAACCUUUGAAGAAAAAGCUAAACAGCUUGAAAAAUAUAAAAAUCAGCGAGAACUUAUUUUGCAGAAGGAAAAGGAGAUCGAUACAUUUGCUGAUGCUGCUCAUGCUUUGCUAAGUAAUUGUGGAACUGACCGCCUCAAAAAUCUUACUUCCCAAAUAACAAACCGUUAUCAUUUGCUGCAGGUUUUAAGCAAAGAGGUUGUUAACCGCUGGCAAAAUCUUGUGGAUGAUCACCAAAUUUAUAACGACAAAUUAAAUGAAAUUAAUCUUUGGUUGCAGCCGAUUGAAAACCAGCUUGAAAAGGCCCUUAAGGAUGAACCAUCGCAAUCAGGAAACAUCUUAAAUGUCCUCCUUUCAGAGAGGGAACAAGCUGAAAAUCUACUAUCAUCUCUUAAUACUCUAGGAGAAAAGGCUUUACCAGAAACAUCUACACAAGGGAGGGAGAAAAUUCGUCAGCAAUUACGAGAUGUACGUGACCGAUGGGACAAACUUGAUGAAGGCAUCCGAAAUCUUCAAAAACAACAAGAAGCACAGACUGUUCAAUUGUCGAGCUAUCAAGAUAUUUAUAAUCAAAUUCUGAACUGGCUAGACUCAGUGGAAAAAACCUUAAAGAACGAAAAUCCAAAUACAUGGACAUCCGGACAAGAGAUUCGUUCGAAAAUUUUCAAAUACAAAUCAACAACCCAAGAUAUAAAUUCACAUAAAAGAAUCAUAGAAGGUGUCAAUGAAAAGGCAGCAAUUUUGCUUGAAGCAUCGGUUCCAGUUAAUGCAAAUGAAAUUAAAAAAGAAAUUGAUGACAUCAACAAUCGAUACGAUAAAGUUGUUCAAAACUGUGCCAAAUUAUUGAAUGAGCUUGAAAAGGCCUUCGAUGUCUACCAACAGUUCAAUGAUCUUCAAAAAUCCCAACAAGACUAUCAGAAAAACCUUUGGGAUCGUUUAACCGGCUACUCCGACUAUUCUGGUAACAAAGUUGCACUUCAGGCACGUUUAAAUAAAGUGAUCGAAAUCCAAGAUGCUCUACCCGAGGGGGUUGUCAAACUUCAAUCACUUUCGAAUCACAUUGAAAGUCAAACAAAAAUUCUUCCUGCUCGUUCAAAGGAAGCAAUGUCUCGUGAUUUGGCAAACUUAAAUGCUGACUUUGAAAAGUUCAGCGUGUCAUUGAGUGAUGUGAAGAGCAGCUUAGAAAAUCGCCUUCAGCAAUGGAACGAUUACGAAACAAAUUUGGAUCGUUUGAUCAACUGGCUAAGUGAAGCCGAAAACAGCCUUAAAAAUUACAAUCCCAAGUCUUCUCUUGAUGAAAAAACAGAACAACUUAAUCGAUUCCAGACACUUAUCCAAAGUCUCCGAAGAAACGAAGUUGAAUUUGAAAAAAUGAAGGAUGAUUCAUCUGAACUUAUUCAAAGUAGUGGCGAGACUAGAAUUUCGGUUAACGUCCAACAAGUAACAUCACGAUUCCAAUCCAUCCAAGCAACAGCUAAAGAAAUUUUAAAGAAGUGUGAGCAAUCGGUAAAUGACCACCAAGCUUUCAAUGACAAGUAUAAGAAUUGUUCCGAUUGGAUUGCUAACGCGCAAGCUAAGUAUGAUGAUUGUAGUGAUCUUUCUCAGGUAGGUUCUAAGGAAGAUCUGAUUAAGAAGCAGAAUGCCAUUCAAGAACUAUUAGCUCAACAAUCAAGUGUUACUUUGAUGGUCAAUGGCACUAUGGAAUCGGGUGAGAAGUGUUAUCCAUCUACUGCAUCUGAAGGCAGAGAGGCAAUUCGUUCACAAUUAGAUGAGUUGCAACAAGCCUUUGAUCAGUUGUUUGAUAACAUAAGCGAUACUGGAAGGAAAAUUCAAGACAAAAUGUCCAAGUGGAGUGGAUUUGACGAGGUAGCUGAAAAACUCAAAAAUUGGUUAAAUGAUGUAGAAAAUCAAUUACCAGCCGAAAUUGAACUUAAGACUACCCUAGAUGAAAAGAGGGCUAAGUUACAAUCGUACAGAGAUAUCUUAAAUGAUAUAAACAAUCACAAGGCAGAGUUGGGUAAUCUUCAAGAAAUUUCAUCCAAUCUUCCUGAAAAAACUGAACACGUUGAUGCUAUAACCAAAAAAUUGAGUGAGCAAUACUCGGUUUUACGAAAUAGAUGUGAAAAAUUCGUAGAACGAUAUGAAAGUAUUGUGAGCGAUCAUCAGCAAUAUUGUAAGGCUGUCAUGGAAGCUCAAGAAUUCAUGGAUGCAACAGGAAAUACCGUAAAUCUGUGGGGAGAUUUAGAAUUAGAACAAGUUUCAUUACACACAAAUUUGGAUCGUUUGAAGAAUUUGAAAGUCAGUCUUGCAGACGAAUUUCCACGAGUUGAUCAAGUACGCGCUCUAGGAGAAAAGGUUAUUCCAGGAACAAUCGAUGUUGGUCAAGUAAACAUCAAGUCUCAGAUCGACAACACACAACAAGAAUGGGAAAACCUCAUAGCUUCGAUAGAUUCCGAAAUCGAAGCCAUUGAGAACCGUCUUCAGCAAUGGUCUGAAUAUGAACAGCUAAGAAAUCAGUGUCUUGACUGGAUCCGUGAUUCUGAUAAUAAACUUCAUGCGAUUGACCUUAAAGAAACCUUGAAUGAAAAGAAGGUACAAUUGGAUGAACUGAAAACUCUUCAGGGAGAAGUACGAGCGAAGGAACUUGAAAUUGAUAAUGUUUCUGAAAAGGGACAAAUUUUGUUGAAAGGCCAUUCUAGCGUCAGGAGCGUCCAAGGUCCUGAACUUAUCACCAAAUAUCAACAAAUCUUCCACAAAGUCAAAGAAUUAAACAAUCGUUGGCAACAAUAUGUAACAUCCCAUCAAGAGUUUGAUAACCAAGUUACAGAGUGUAUUAAUUGGAUGGACUCCAUUAAACAAAAUUUGGAGUACUGUUCUGAUACCAGCUCAAUGAAUCAAGCUGAACUUGAAAAGAAGUUGUCUACAAUUCAAGAUGUUAUUUUACUCAAGGAUGAAGGUUCAACAAAAAUCCAGGGAUUGUUUGAAUUAGCACAGAACGUAUUAGCGAAUACGGCACCUAUGGGUCAUGAACCAAUUAACAAGUCAUUAGCGCAAAUACAAGAAGCCUGGUCUGCAAUAGCUUUGAAAAUGAUUGAUGUAAGAUCAAAUCUAGACGAUUCUAUAAGUCAAUGGAGUGGUUUUCUUGAGCAAGUUCAAAAUGUGAAAAAAAUAAAUGAUUGGUUGGAAGAUAUGUUAAGAGAACUAUCUGAGUAUCAAACCACAAUGACAGAAAAAAGAGCACAAUUAGACCGAAUCAAGAGUACCGAAGAAAAGGUGCGUAUGGAGAAAAUUGAUGUUGAUGCUUUGAAAUCACAAAUACCCGAAAUGUUGGGUUCGGGACAACAAAGCCAACAGGCCUUCCAAGCUCAAAAAGUACUUGAUAAAUUUGAUGAGUUAGCAGGCAGAACGCAAAAAUUACUAUCUUCACGAAAUGAUCAAUAUAGAGACCAUAGGCUGUACAAGGAAGCCUACGAUGACCUUGUGAGCUGGAUAAGUCGGGCCAGAGAGAAGUUCCCUUCACUGAAACAGAGUAGCUUGAGUGAUAAACUUGCAAUUGAAAAUGCCGUACAAGCUACUGAAGCACUUAUUAAUAAGCAAGCUCAAGGUGAACUUCUUGUCGAACACUUGGUACAUACUGGUGAAGUUGUGUUAGCUAGUACUUCCACACAGGGUCAGGAAAUAAUUCGAAAUGAUAUUCGAGCACUUCGAGAUAGCUUUGAAGGUCUUUUCCGGGAAAUAAUUCAACAAAAAGAAAGCCUCGAAGCAACAAUGAUUCAAUGGAGAGCUUAUAAAGAAGAAUAUGAACGUUUAAUGGAAUGGCUUCAACAAAUUGAUAUAUUGGUUAAGAAUCAUAAACUCAAUCUUCUUCCAAAUAUUGAUGAAAAAAAGAAACAAGUAGAUGACAUGAACAGUAUUAUGACUCGAUUGGAAAACGGAAAAGCUGAUAUCGAAACAUUCAACCAAUCUGCUGCCGGUCUUCUUAAAUCGCAUUUGGAUACUUAUGUCAACAACCAACUUCGACACCUUAACUCAAUGUAUCAAGUUCAAGUAAAUUUAGCUAAAGAUGUGUUAAAAAAAGUUGAGACAAACUUUGAGCAACACAAAGCUUACACGAACAACAUGAAGGGAGCUCAGGAUUGGAUCGCAAAUGCCAAAGAAGUUAUUCGUAACUGUAGUGAAGCAUCUAGUGCAAAUUCGAAGGAAGUGUUGCAGCAAAGACUUGCUCAAAUCCAAGACUUGAUAAAAAGGCGGGAAGAAGGUCAAAACCUAGUUCAUUCAGCUAUUAAUAAUGGCGAAAAAGUUGUUCGCAAUACACGAUCUGACGGUAGAGAUUCUAUAAACUCUGAAAUGAGAGAUUUGCAAACAGAUUGGGAACGCCUUGUGAAAAAAAUGUCGACUGCCAAGGUUCAUCUUGAAACAAGUCUCUUGCAAUGGGCUGACUACAGUUCAAGCUACUCCCAACUACAACAGUGGAUUUCAGACAGAGAGGCCAAACUACAGCAAGCAUGUGAGCAGAAAAUAGUGAAAUCUAGAACUGGCCAACCAGGUCUAAGUUCAGGUCUAAGUGAAAAGAAAGCAUAUCUAAGACAGACUAAUAAUAUAGUCCAAGAUAUUGUGUCAUUUGAGCCAAUGAUUCAGUCAGUAGCAUCAAAGGCUUCAGAUCUUCAACAAGGUGCUCCGGCUACAGAAAUUUCUAGCAAGUACGAAACACUUACAAAACAGGCAAGGGACUUGUAUGAGAAACAAAGAAGUGCAAUUGAGCAAUACCAAGCACUUAUUGAUGCUGGUAAUGAGUUUGCCCAAUGGCUGCGUAAUGCUAAAGAAAGGUUAAGUAAAUGUUCCGAACCAACCGGCGACAAACAAGCUUUAGCUGAAAAAACUCAUCAGCUGAAAAUUCUUCAGAGUGAAGUACCAGAUGGUCAGAAGAAGUUAGAUCUUGCUUUAGACCAAGGUGAAAUUGCAUGUAAAACAGCAGAACCAGCUGAUCGCGAAAUUAUCGAAGAGGAAGUUGCCCUUCUUCAAGAAGAGUUCGAUAAUUAUGUUGAAGCCCUUAAAAAAACUAAAGAGUACCUAGAAGUGGGAAUAGUUAAAUGGACAGAUUACCAGGAUCAAUAUACAGAAGCCCUCGAAUGGCUUACCAAAACAGAAGCAUUAGUCCAAUCAUACAAUAAACUUCAGGACAGUUUGGGCCAAAAGAAGGUAGUACUUGAGGAGUUCCAAGGACAUUUGCAGACACUCUUCGACUGGCAGAAGGAAUUAGAUCGUUUGAAUAUGAAAGCUCAAAUGUUACUUGAAACUUGUUCUGAUACUAGAGUCAGCAAUGCCAUUACACAGUUGACAACUAAAUACAAUGCGCUCCUUACAUUAGCAAAGGAAGUGAUGCGCCGACUAGAAAUGCAUUAUCAAGAACAUCAGCAGCACCACACAAUCUAUGAAGAAUGUCAAUCUUGGAUCGAGAAAACAAGAGAAAAAUUAAAUGACUGCGAAACUAUCCCAGGUAAUCUCAAAGAUGUGCAAUUAAAGUUGAACACAGUGAAGAAUCUUCGACAAGGCUUCGAGACUGGUCAAAACAAAUUACGAUAUCUUCUCGAACUUAAGGAAAAGGUCAUAAUGAAUACUGAACAAAACGGUGCUGCGAAAAUUCAGGAAGAUACUGAAAAUCUUAAGCAAGACUUCGAAAAACUUUUGGUUGAUCUCAAUGAUAUUAAACAAAAAUUAACAAACAGGGCUGCCCAACUUGAAGAAGUAAGUAAGUUGUACAAAAUUUUACUCGAAUGGAUGGAAGAAAUUGAACCAAGCAUAAAGCCAAGUGAAGAGUUUUUAAAUGAUUUAAGCGAGAAGAGAGCAGCUUUAGAGAAAUAUCGUGCAAUUUAUCGUGACAUUAAUGGUCAUAGCGAUCUAAUUGAAAAGAUAAACAAUCGUCUUCAAGAAGACGAAACUCUAGACCGCAAUGAUUUCAAGGAUGGCCUUCAGAAAUUUGACGAAAUUCAAGAAUCUGUCGGAAAAAUUAUAGAAAACCUAGAAAAUCAAGUCAAUAAUCAUGAUAAAUACAAGCAAGCGUUUAAAGAAACCCAAGACUGGCUACGAAAAACCAGAUUGGCAAUUGAACAAUCAUCUGAUUGUCAUGGAGAAAAAGAUCUUGUUGAGGAGAGGUUGAACAAACUGGGAGAAAUUGGUUCUUCUAUGAUGGAGGGCAGCUCUCUCCUUGACGCUACUGUGGAACUGAGUCAAAAUGUAAUAUCUACUAGUGGAAACGAAGGUCAAGACGGUAUAACACAGGAGAUAAAACAAUUAAACACUGAGUGGGAAACUCUUCAGGUUCUGUCCAGAGAUGCUCGGGUUAGCCUUGAUGAGUGCCUGUCUUCAUGGACUAGUUUCUUAAAUAAGUUCAAUAAAAUUAAUGAUUGGAUCGCAGAGUUAUCAAGCAGAGUAAGCAACGCAAAUGAGUCCGAAAGCAAAACUCCCAAUGACUUGGUCAACGCAAAGAAACUUUUGGAAGAGGUCCUCGAUGAGAAGGAAACUGUAGAGGAUCUAAAUGAUGUGUGUGAGAUACUCAUGGAACAUAGUGCUUGCUCAAGAGUUAGAGAUCAAACUGUUGAAACCCAGGCGAAUUAUACAAAACUUCUUACAGCAGCCCAAGGACUUGUAGCAAAAAUUGAGAAGAACCUGUCAGAUCAUACAGAGUUCCUCAACUAUAAGAACGAAAUGGAUGCUUGGAUUAUAAAAGCAAAUGAUGUACUGAAUGAGUGCACAUGUGAAGGGGAUACAAAUGCAAUUGCCGAACAAUUAGAAACAGUAAAUUCGUUAAAUUCACGUCUCCCUGAAGGUCAACAUUUGCUUAACAUGGUUCAAGAUGCCUACAACAAAGCAAGUAACAUAACUCCAGAAGAGCAACAAGAAAAGCUUAGAGAUUUAAUGACGAAAAUUCGCGAAGAUUGGGACACGUUAGGUUUGAAUGUCCAAGAAAAGUUAAGUAAUCUUCACCAAGCAAAGACGCGCUGGCGUGACUUUUCAGCAAACAAGGGAAAGCUUAUCAAAUGGUUGGAAGAUACUGAAAGUUCAUUGAAGCCAACACCAGAUACCAAGGGUGAACUCAGUGAAAUGAAAACCAUUUUGGAAAGAUUCAAGAACUUACAAAACGAUAUUAAACAAAAGAAUCCAGAUUUUGAAAAUAUAAUGGUUGAAGCAAAUGAACUGGGAACUGAGGUUGAAGAAGUUCGUGGUUUAUUAAGUCGCUUUGAAAAAACCAAAUCUGAUUGUGCUAAUCGAAUCAAGUUCUUGGAGUCAGAAAUAAUUGACUACAAUACAUACCAUCAGUCACUACAAGAUGUUGAAAAAUGGCUACUUCAAAUAUCCUUCCAAUUGAUGGCACAUAAUUCUCUUUUCAUUUCGAAUAGGGAACAAACUCAAGAACAAAUCAAUCAACACGAAGCUUUGUUAGAUGAAAUUCAGAAAUAUCGCGCAACCUUGGAUGACCUAAAUGCCAAGGGACAAGGACAGAUAAAACGAUAUGAACCAAAAACCCCUGCCAUUCGCGGAAUCGUUGAAGAACAACUCAACAACAUUCAAGACAGCUACAACUCCCUUCUUCACACUUCAGUGCAGAUAAAGAAUCGUCUGCAUGAGUCUUUGGCCAAGUUCCAGGACUACGAAGAUACUUUGAGUAGCAUUAUGGCCAAUCUAAACGAAUAUGAACCAGUUAUUCAAAAUGAAUUAGAUGUUCCAGCAACCAAUCUAGAAAUGGCAAAGAAACAGCUCCAACACGCACAAUCACUGCACAAUAAAUUGCAACAAGAAAAGUCUCGACUUGCCUUGGCCGUGCAAGCAUGUGAGGCGGCAACUGCAUCAAUCAGCCGCCCAAGUUCUCCAUUAGAAACUGCAAUGCAGCCCAUUCCAGAAAAGGAACUGAUUGUAAGAGCCAAGCUAGAGGAUCUUCUCGAUCAGAUUCAAUCUCAUUUAAGUGGAUUGACACAAUCAGUUAGUGAGCUAGAGCAGCAGCAAAAACAGAGAGCGGAACUUCAGGACUGGAUUAAGAAGCAAGAGAAUUCAGUAUCGGAUUGGUUAUCACGGCCGUGUAAACUACGUCCAGAGGCAGCUAAGCAAGAGUUAACUGCUAUGAAUGAUCUUCUUAAUACAAUUGAAAAUAAACGCUCUCAACUUUUGACCGAUAUGACUGGAUCAUUCGCUGAUGGUGAUACAACAGACCUCGAAAAUCAGCUAGAUGAGCUAGAAAGUGAGCUGAUGAAUGCCAUAGCUAAAAAACAAAGUGGGCAAAACACCAUUGAUGAUUACCGCCAGGCAAUGCAGCAAGUACAAUCAUGGUUUGAAUCGCUUAUAAAGCGUAUGGAUGUUCUUGAUAAGGGAAGUGGCCUAAAUUGUGGACAAAAAAUGGCUGCCAUUUUAGAGCUUAAGCAAGAGUAUGAAACGAAUGGACCACUUAAAAUUCAGGAUCUGAAAGCUAAAUCUGCAGCGAUUGGAGAAGUCAUUAGCAAUCUUGAUGGUCAGCAAGUAGAGGAACAAAUGAAAUCUUUGGAUCGAAGAUAUAAUGACUUAGGCAAAAGAAUAGAUCGAAAGGUUCAGCUUUUAGAUGUUACUAACAAAAAUGUUGAAGCAGCCAAGGCUGAAAUCGAUCAGUUGCAAAAUUGGGUGAAAGAAAAAAUUCUUGAGUUACAGUCUCCUCCACCAAUAGGAUAUACAGUGAAAAGCGCUGAAGCUAGACAGCAAAAACUCAAAGGAAUGAUGAAAGAUUCUGAAGCUAAAUUAUCUCUUGCGGAGUCCCUUGAAAAACGAACUUCUAAUCUUGAACCAGAGUUAGAACCUGUUGAAUACACACAGCUUGUAUCGGCUUUAAGAAAUUUCGGAACAGAUCAUAAAAAUUUGUCCAAUUUGUUGAAAAACGAAAUGGAAAGAGCCUUAGAAGCGGCAAAGAAUAGGAGAGCUUUAGAGUUGGACCUUGAAAAAACUCGAGCAUGGUUAAAAUCCAAACUAGCCGAAAUUCGUAAACAGCCAGGACAUCACCCACUAUCAUCGGCCAAUGUUGAGAAGGAAAUUCAAAUCAAUAAAAAACACGAUGAUGACAUAAAAGAUUUCAAUGAAGGUCUUCUCAAUGAUGUUGUUCGUCAAGCUCAUAAUAUCAUGAAGGAUUGCCCAGAAGAGGAAAAAGUCCAGCUUCAAAAAAUAUUAGAUGAAAUAGAAAGUGAAAAUCAACUAUUGAAAGAUGAGAAUUCCAAGCGUAUGAAGGUUUUAGUUGAUCUCUUGCAGAACAGACGAAAUUUGGAAAAUGCAAUGAAGAAGGUAGGCGAUUGGUUAAAUGAAGUUGAAACUACCGUGUCUGUCGAAAUCCGUACUUCAAGCCUUCCAAUUCUUGAAGAACAAUUGAGCAACUACAAAAACUUGGCUGAGAAAGCGACCGAAAUGGGAGGUUUUAUGAACGAUGUCGCCGAGCAAGGAAAAGGCAUUUCACCAUCACUUAGCAACCCAGAUAAACUUAAGCUUAACGAUGAAUUAAAGAGCUUGAAAGAUCGUUUUGGCAAAAUAACACAAACCAUUAAUGAUCGUGUGAAUAAUUUGGAGGACAACAUCAAAAAGUACAAGGAUGCGAAGAGUAAACUAGCUGAUUGCAUGCAAUUCCUGAGUGCCGUACAACAACGCUUGCGAGAUUUGAACAAACCAAUUGGCAGUAAAAUUGAAGAUGUUCAGGAUCUGCUGGGUGCUUAUGAAGGCAUACUGAAGGAAUUGAAGGAUAGUAAACAAAACAUGGGUGACCUAGAAUUUGACGAUUUACCAGAACUACAAAGUAUUAUUUCACAACAAGACGAUAUGAUCAAAUUGAUUGAGGAUCAACUUGCGCAUUUGCGGCAAUUAUUGAUGCUUCGUGAGCAGUUCAUCGCUCUAAUUAAUCAAAUAAUUAUGUUCAUAAUGAAAUAUACCGAAGUAAUAACCGAUAUAGAAAACUCACCCGAUGACCUGGAAGAGAAAAUUAAGAAGUAUGAUGAUGUAAUUGUGAAAAUUCAAGAGUGUGAGGCGCUCCUUGCUUCCGCCACGGACAAGGGCCAGAAAAUCGCUUCAGAGGGAACCGCUGCAGAUAGAAAUAGUAUUACUGACCAACUUCAAUCUCUCAAGAAGCAACUGCAGAAUCUACGUAAAGCAGUUGAGACACAGCGACAAAAGCAUCAAAAUCAAUUAGAACAUCAUAAAAAAAUGGCCGCAGAACUAUCGGAGGUCUUAGAUUGGUUGCACAGUAUUGAAGGUGAAGUUAAGUCCCGACCUCUAUUAGAUAGGGAUCCAGACUCAGUUGAGCAUGAGAUUCAAAAACACAAUAACCUAUCAAAACAAAUCAAACAGAACCUCGAUAAACUAAUUAAAAUUACUAAUCAAGUUCAAUCGGAAGUUGGAAUGCCGAGCUCACUUUUGGAAAUGCUUUCGGAAGCCCGAUCUUUGAUGACAAUUUUACCAAAUGAACUUGAUGAACGUUUGAAAUACCUUACGAACAACAAAGCAAGUCGUAUUGAAUACAUGGAACUGAUUGCUAAGUUUAAUUCCUGGGUGCAUGAAGCAGAAACUCGUCUUCAGAACGUACAGCACGGAAUCGAUUACGAAAACCUAUUACGACAUUUGGAGGAGCACAAAAACUUUUUUGGUAAUGAGUCGACAGCCAGGAAUUUGGUUCAUAAGGACAUUCAAGAGGCUGCGGACAAGAUUUGGCCUUCAUUGAGUACAUUUGAACAAAAUGAGUUGUCUAGGGAAUUACAAGAGCUCCAGAAGAAGUUGCAGAAUACAUUGGCUGCAGCUAAAGCCCAACAAAAUGAACUUGAAAUGGAAUCCGAACGUUGGAAGAUAUAUAAUCAAGGUUGUGAGAAAAUCAGAGCAUAUAUCGAACGAACAAGUUUUGCUGACGAACCCGUCACCAAUUUGGCUGGCGUGCACUUCAACAUACAAAAAUUAACACAUGCUAUUGGGAACAUUGAGAGUCAAAGUAACGAUAUCGUUCAAAUAAAUCAACAAGCUCAAGCUAUAAUAAGACAAGCAGAUUUACACAAUCGCAGCGCUAUUGAAAAGGACAAUUCAGAGUUAAACCGUUUGUGGUCAGAUCUAGUGAAGGGAUUGGAAAAUCGUCGUGACACGUUACAGUCGGCUGCUGAGAAGUGGGAGGAAUUUGAGAACAAGUUCCAUUUGUUGGAAAAAUCAAUUGUUCGAUUGGAGGAAAAAUCCCGAAAUGUCGACCCAGUGGUAAGGUCCAGACGGCAUUUGGAAGAAACAAAGCAUGCUAUCCAGGAAAUUCUCGGUGAAUCUGAAGAACUUAAACCAUCACAUAAAGAGAUUGAAACGCUCUCAGUAUCCAUCGUCUCAUUCCUUGGGAAAGUACACAAGCCCUCGGCGGAGGCCAUUCAGGCCAAAGUGGAUAACAUAGUCAUUCAAAAUUCCAAAUUGAACGACGACCUAAAAGAUAAAGACCGAAAGGUAAGCAAGGAUUUAGAAGAAAUUGAAAAUAUCUUCCAUCGUAUAUCCGAACUGCAAGAUAAGUUUAACACGCUUUUGGAGAAAAUAAGCGAAGUACACGUAUUUGAUGCUAAAGUCAAUAUAAUAGAAGAAGAUUUGAAGAAAAUUCAAAAAUCCGCUGAUCAAACUAUAGAAGAAGGGAAAAUUUUGAUUAAAUCCACUCAAGAAAAAUACUUGAAGCAACAAAACUUAAUUCCAGCGGAUAUAGCGCAAGAAUUUACUGCUUUAGAGUUACUCUCUGAGAGAGUACAAGGUGACAUGGAUACAAAACAAAGAGAAUUUAAACGUGCCAAAACGGUACGCACCGAAUACUUAACUGGUGUUGAUGAAAUUCAAACAUGGCUUCAAAAGGCUGAGGUUCAAAUUCAAGACCGCACAUUAGAACCAGCUAAAUUAAAAGAAGACCUGCACAGAAUAAAUCAGGAAAUUGGUGGAAUUUAUGAAAAGUUUAACUUAGUUAAGAAUAAUGGAGGCGUUAUUAUUGAAAAUUGUCGAAAUAGCGAAGAAAAAAUAUUAGUUCAAAACACAAUCGAUCAACUUGCUCAGCAAUUGGGUCAAGUGCGAUCGUGGUUAGAUGAAAAGAAACAACAAGUAGGCGAUAGCCUAGACGCAUGGACUCGGUUUAUGAAUUUGUACCAAAUUGUGAUGACAUGGGUUGCUGAAAAGAGGGCAUUCCUUGAGGAACCCCUGGAUUUGAAAACUCUACAUGAAACCCGCCAAAAGUUGAAUGAUUACUCUAAUGCCUGCAAAAGUAUUAAGCCAAUUGUUAAACAUUUGAGUGAAAUGGACAAGGAACUAGAACACAUCGGCCAAGUGACCUCAAUCGGUGAUCUUAAGUCUAAACUGGAAGAAGCGGAAGAAGCUAAAGUUGGAGUUGAAGCGAUCUUACUUGAGAGGAAUGCUUUAUUACAAGAAACCAGUGAAGAAUGGGAUCAAUGUGAACGCAAAAUUAAGGACAUCCGUAGUUGGAUUGAAAAGACAAGGACUUCCCUAGACUCAAUUCAACAAAAGAAAAAACCACUGAGAGAUCAAUUAGGCUUCUGUGAAAAGACUGUUGCCGACAUAAAUGUGCAAAAGACUAAAUUGAGACUGUCGAUUGAAAAACUAGAAGUUCAUUUCCGUUCUGGUAUUGGUGGAGAUCCCCGGCUGAGCGAAAAUGUUGAUGAUCUUUUGCGUAUUUUAUCCGAGCUAAACGAUUUGGUGAAAACCAAAUCUACAAGCUUAGAGGAAACGCUUAAUCAAAUCGAUGUUUAUCAGCUUCAAAUGCAGUCUCUUAGACAAAAAAUAAUUCAGGAGGAACAACAACUUCGUCUUGUCAUGGCGCCAACAUAUUUGCCGCAUGACCGUGAACAGGCGUUAGUUGAACAACAGGCUGUUCGAACAACAAUCGAUGAUAUGAAACAAAAAUAUGAUGUGAUAGCCGCCUUAUCAUACACCCUGGAUCCAAAUUCAGUGGUAACAACGUCUUCAGCUGUAUCGAUGCUCUUAAAACCAUCUAAAUUGGGUUUUACUUAUGCCGAAGUGCUGUCAGGUAGAUCAAGUCCACUUCAGUUUGCGCUCGACCAAACGAAAGAACAAAUUUCAAAACCCAAAAAGCCAAUUAUAUCUUACAACUUGCCAGGGGAACAACAACAAUUUGAACUUACAUAUGAUCAAGAGAAAUCAGUUCCACCACAGCAACAACAAAUUGAAAAAUCUGAUGAACCAGACUCUUUAUUGUUCGAAGAAGAAUUAAAAAGAAAAGAAAUUUUCCAAAUUCAAAGUACAUCACAGAAAGCCCAAGUUUUUGAACCGAAUUCACAACCAGUUGUGCAUAUAGACGAAUUUAUCGCUCAAGAAAAAAAAUCGUCCGAACCGAAAAAACCCGAAAUAAGACGGGCUAGAUCUCCUAGGCGAAAACAUUUUGAAAAGUCGAGAACUGAAAAUACCACUAAUUUGCAAUCGAGUGAAACGAAAAACUCUUUAUAUGUUCCAGUUGAGCCGAGAGCCCGCUCAAGAAGUCCUAUUUGGGCUCCUGGAUCUACUUCCUAUGCUGAAGUACUGCGUGGUGUUGAACUAGAACGACAACGGCAAGAAAUGCUGGCACAACAAUUGAGUGUUAAACACAACCAAGACAAAGAAAUUCAGUCGGUAAGCUUACCGUCAACAGAAGCUGUAAUAUAUGAAAAUGUCCACAAGGAACCAGAGCAAGGAUCUACUUCAAUAGAUUACAGUUCUCUACAGCAAGAGGUCAGCCUCCCCGAGAAAGACUUUUCUUAUCCAAAUGUUACCACGUAUCAAGAACAAAAUUUUGAAGUAUACCAACCUACUCAAUCUGCCCAAACAACACUAACGACUGAUCAGUCUUCAUGGCAAUAUUCAACUCAACAGGUUCAAACAAACUAUUAUGAACAAAUUUUACAAUAUCAGCCUCAACAAACUACUCAACCUACAUAUGGUAGUUACAAUAUAGCUCAAUAUCAACCAGGCUACCAGAUUAUUGGUCAGUCUAUGGCGGGCUAUUAUCAACAACCCGGUAUUGAUACUUACCAAUAUCAGACAACAGGUGCAAAUAUGAUUUAUUCUGAUCAACCUCAGUUAUACUUCCCUCAAGGUGAAGCCUUACCUUUGGACGCAAGCUCGAUUAAUCUGCCAGCAUACCAGCAGCCUGAGCAUAGCACAAUUCUUGCUGUUCCUUCAACUGAGCUCAGUGAACAAAUUUAUCAAUAUGACAACAUUUCCCUAAGGCCAGAACCAAGUGUAAAUAUCUCCACGUUAGCUAAUGUAACGCAAACUACGGACGCACCAUUAGAGUACGACAUUAAUCAAGUUCAUCAACAAGACAUGCAAAACAUUCAAUUAUUGGAACCAGAAUUAAGACCCGAUGUAACAUUCGGACAGUUUAGCAUGAAUGAAAUAGAUGUUGAAAUUAAAAAGGAUUCAAGUCCAACUUUCUUUGAAACACAACUUCAAGACAAAGAGGAGCAACAAUAUGUUCAUCCAACAAACCUUUCAGAUUCUCAGUUCCAGUCCUCAUCAACUGAUAAACCGGCUACAUCUAAGCCAAGUUCCUCAAACGGAAGUACAUAUGCCGAAGUUUUGUUCGGUCAAAUGAACACUAAUUUAAGACAAGUUUUCCAGUCAUCCAGCAUUCAACAGCCAAGACAAACAUCCGUUGUAACAUCCACAAAUAGUGAGGAACAAAAGCCACAAUAUUCUAAACGAGGUAAACUCGAAACAUCCAUAACUCAGCAUCAAUCGACAAAAUAUGUUCGGGACGAAUUCCAACAAACUGCAACUACAACGAAUAAUGCCAGGCAACGAGCAAAGUCUCCUUCCAUGGACUUUAAAGAAAUUCAGAGAAGAGAGGACACAUAUGCUCCAAACCCAAAAUCAAGGUUACGCUCCAAAAAGCAACCCGAUGAAAGGCAAGCGACAUCAUCCAAGACGAAAGAUAUUUAUAAAACGAAGCAAAGUAAAUAUGUAGAGCCGGUUGUUUCUGGUGAAACUACCGCUACUACGGUAACAACUUCUAAGACUAAUGUUGCGAUAACCAAGAGUAGUAUUAAGGAAAAACAAACUUCGAAAGCUCAACUUAAACAAAAGGGGAGAGUUGGGCUUUCCGAGGAAGAAACUAGCGUAAGAAAAUCCAAAGAAGAUUCACAAAACACUGAAAAAGGAUCUACGUAUACAGAAACUAAAGUUACACACAUAGACACUGAAAGCAGUGGUGAGGAAAAGGAAUCAAAGAGAAGAACCCGCAAAAUGGGUGGCUCCAAAACUGAGUCCAAGUCUUUAAAUGAAGAACACAAUGUGCCUUCUACAAAAUCACUUAAAACGAAAAAAGAGUUAGCUGAUGUAAGAGAAUUACCCGUUGAAUUAGCUGUUGUGGAAAAUAUUCCCGACAUAAAGAAAGAUCAAAGCACUCCAAACAUAAAUAAAAAAGAGUUUAACGUCUCCAAGCAAGACAAAAAACAAAAACAAAAGCAUAAACCAUCCGAAGUUCUAACUUAUGAAGAUUCUGAACAAACUGAUAGUCCAUCCAAAAAUAUUAUCAGUAAAACUUUGAAAAUAACAAAAAAAGUUGUUCAAAAAAGCAAUUCCCCAGACAAAACAACUGUCGUGGAAGACGAACCACAAGUAAAGACUUUUACGAUUUCUGAAAGUAAAAGUUCAAACCAUUCAAGUUUCGAAACGCAAGCGACUGGUAUUGUAAGAACAACAACAACAACAAAAAGAACAGUCAAACAUAUUAAUUCUCAAGGCGAAGAAAGUGUUGUUGAAGACGAACCACAAAUAGAAACAUCAACAACAACUGACACUUUUGUCACACAACCAACAUCCAAUGAACCUAAUAAAACAGUACAAGACGGUGGAGUUGUGAAGACUACAACAACGAAGACAACAAAAAUAACAAGAAAAACGACUUCUCAAGGUGGACACAAAACAGAAAAUGAACCCGAAACUAUUCGUGUGGAAACAACUAAGAAAAACCAAGAAAAAUCAUCAAAACAGACAAAAACCAACAAAAAAACUGUCAAUGAAGAUGUUCGAGAAAUUGAAAAACAGCCACGUUCCUCAAAUAUUGGACAUCGUUCUGAAGAAAGUCUUAGUGGUGCAGAGAAUAUUCUUAGUGGAAACAUAAAAGAAAAUAUUCCCACAAAAGAAACUCAAUCUGAAUCCAAAAUUCUAACAAAAUCCAAUGAUAAGCAGAUGAUGGACACUACAUCGAAUGCUUCUCAGCCUAAAGAAAGUCGAACGACUUCCACAACGUCAUUUGUGGAAAGCAGCCAAACAUCACAUUCGUCCGUUAAAAGUCAAACUACCCAGAGACAAACAAUUACGGAAAGAGUUCAAGUUUUGGAAAGUAUACCAACCCUUGCAGACGAGAAAAAGAAAGAAGACGACGAUUUGGAAAUAGAAACAUUAUCAGAAGUCGAAUGUACAAGUCCUUUGAAAAGUCAUGGUAUUGAAGAAAAGACUUUAAAUCUUCGAACAGUAGAAAAUAUUCAGAAUGUUGCUAAGGAUGAACCAGUAUAUGAAAUUAUUUCGCAAGGCAUUGACGUAAAUAUUGAUAAACAAAAUCCUGAUCAACACCUGCCCACUGAAAUAAAUAAUUCUGUAUUAAAUAACACUUCACAACAAGAUGCUAACCAAGAAAGUUAUACCUCUCAUUCUUCCACAAUAUCUCAGGGAAAUAUUGUCAAAACGACAAUCCUUAAAACAAGAAAAAUUGUUAAAAAAAUUACUUCGGACGGCAAGGAGACAAUCGAGAGUAUAACUGAAGAUGAGCCACAAAUAGCAACAGUUGAAACUCAGAUUAGCCCGAUUACUUCAGAAACAAAGGUGUCAUUUGUUUCAUCUACACAAGUUCCAGAAUCAGUUGCAGUUGAUAAUAACGUCAUCCCAGGACCAGUGCAAACAACUGAAGAAGUAAUAACUUAUCCACCUGAAACAAGUUCAUUAAUGUACACAACAACAGAUUCAAGUAGUGUUCAAAAAGGGUUUUCUUCUGUAACAUCAAAAACAACAUAUGGAAGCGUCGUUAAGACGACUACGGUAAAAACUAGGCGAAUCGUUAAAAGAAUCACGGCAGAUGGCGAAGAAAUAAUUGAAAAUAUCACUGAAGAUGAGCCGCACAUUGAAAGUGUGGUAUCAGAGUUGUCACCGACAACAAGUGUUACAAAAGUUUGUGAAACUGAAUAUUCUCAAGGAAUCAGUCAAAAAUUAGAAGCUGACGAAAGAAUACCAACAUUAGAUAGCUUUAAAGAUCAAAAGCAAACGCAUUUAGGCCAAACAAUGUUAAAUGAAACUAAUACAAAUAUAGCAUUGGAAGAAUCAAAGAGUACAUUCAGUACCUUAAGGACGAAUAAAACUGAGGCUAUAAAAUCCACAGAAAGUACCAAACAAGGAGAAGCAGUUCAAGAUGUUUCGAAACCAAUUUGCAAUAUUGAUGAAACGGGUAACCAAAUCAAUAGAAAUGAUAAUGAAGUUCAAAUUGUUUCCUCUGGUGAAGCGGGUAACAAGAGCGUUGUUGAGCCAAUUGCAUCUGUAAAUAAUUUCCAUGACAAAAAUGAUCAUAGUUUUGACAAGCAUACGACUCUGACUCAAACGACAACAAAAUACAAAACCGUUACGACAAAAAGUAAUCAAUUUAAAAAUCCUUAUCAGGUUGUUGUUGUGAGCGAAGAAGAAUCAGACAUGUUAUUGUCAAAAGGUAGAACACAAAAGAUAUCACUCAUUACUCACGAAGAAAGGCUUAAGAACCCAUUAGUUCAAAUGCAUAUGCAUCUUCCAGAUGUUACUCUGAAAAUAAGAAAUACGGUUUCAGAAGACGUUUCGUCGGAGAAUUCGAGUGAUGAGCUAGGACAGGUUUAUAUAGGGUCCAAUACUGUAGAUCAGCUUUCUCUCAGAGAAAAAGGUAGGGACAAGUCAAACCAAUUAUCCGAUGACUCGAAGUUGAAAAAAAAAUCUACUCUGCCUGACGAUAUGACUUGUGAAGAACAACAGCUAUUUGAGGAGAUUCAUAAGAAACUUUCUAAAAAAGAUAAGAAAAAACGACCAGGUAUACCGGAAGAGUUCCGUAAGUACAGCGAAGACAAUAACUCCGACGCAAGUGAAAUUACAGUAGAUACAAACGAAACUAAUAAAACAAGUUUAGAUACUGUGUAUUCAUUAAGUCAGGAACUAAUUAAUGAAGAACGCAGGCAAACAAGCAGUACAACAAGUGUCUCCUCUGAGGUAUCUGAAAAUAUAAUUUCCGAAAAGAAAGAUACCGAGAAAAUAGGUUCAAUGCAAUCAAGCAUAACUUUGCAUCCCGAAGACAGAUUACCAGAAGGCCAAGAAGAAGAGCCAUCUAAUAUAACAGUUGAUGUUCUCACUAAACCCAACACAGACCUUAUAUUAAAAACUCAUACUAACAAAACAAAUAACACCUUACAGACCCAAAGUUUGAUACUAGAAAGCGAUAGGCGCGUAUUAAAUGAAGAAUCAACUAGCCAUGUCAGUAACAUAUUAACAUCAGCUAAUCUUGCACCAUUACCUAGGCUAGCAAUAAAUUAUGCCAUUAAUUGUUUUGAAGUGCCACGUUAUGAUUUAAUGCUUUUAAAUAGAGCAGAAGCUGUGUACUACAGAGUUUCUAAUAGAGAGGUAAAGAGUAAGGAUAAAGACGAUGAAGAGUAUACGAUUUCCCUGGACUCACAAAAAACCGAUACAAUCAAAGUGGAGAAACUAGAGGUAAGAACUUGCCCAUCAAAUGCAGAAGCAUUACCUAAUCAUUACAAUUUCGAAGUGUCUUCUUAUGAUACUUCACUGCUUACCAAGGCUGAACGCCUCUAUGCUACUUUACUAACACAAAAUUAUGAAACUGAAAAGAAUAAGAUAGAUUUAGAUAAUGUGACUGAUAAAGGUGCUAUUGAAAAAUCACUUUCGAUUGAAUCAGAAAAGCAGUUAAAUCAAAUUCAGGAUGUGAAAAUAAUUAGUGAUACUAAAGUUGAAAAUAAAAUUCUUCAAGAGCCUUCAGAGCAAGAAAUAAAACCAUUCCUUGAUUCACCCCCCACAUCUGAAGAAUAUAUUCCUGAAAAACUUAUUUUAGGUGAAGUGAAAUUGGAAAAAGAUGUGACUGAAAAACCUUCUGACUUAGGAUCUCUUCAGAAUGUUGUCGAACACUCUGAACAAAUAACUUUUAAUACUAAGGUUUUGGGAACCAAAGAUGUACAAGAAACUGAACACAUAAGUUCAUCGGUAGAUGCAGUAACAGAAGAAUUAACUAUGCCUGUUGAUUUACCAGAGAAACCCAAAAAGGUUGACUAUGUUGGACUUCCUAUUGACGAAACAACAAAUACUUGGAUGGAUGUUCUUGAUGAGCCAAUGACUUUUUCAUCAGACGAAGAAGAUAAUGCUGAACAGCUUAUUUCCGAUAAAACCAAGUUGGAACAAAAAGUAACUGAGAAACCAUCAGAAGUGGAAGCUUCAAAGAAUGUUGUCGAACAAAUCGAAAAUGUAAAAGCAACUGAGCUUAUAACUUCAUCGGUAAAUGUAGUGACAGAAGAAUCAAAAAUACCUGCUGAUUUACAAGAGAAACCCAAAAAGGUUGACUAUGUUGGACUUCCUAUUGACGAAACAACAAAUACUUGGAUGGAUGUUCUUGAUGAGCCAAUGACUUUUCCAUCAGACGAAGAAGAUAAUGCUGAACAGCUUAUUUCCGAUAAAACCAAGUUGGAACAAAAAGUAACUGAGAAACCAUCAGAAGUGGAAGCUUCAAAGAAUGUUGUCGAACAAAUAGAAAAUGUAAAAGUAACUGAACUUAUAACUUCAUCGGUAAAUGUAGUGACAGAAGAAUCAAAAGUACCUGUUGAUUUACAAGAGAAACCCAAAAAGGUUGACUAUGUUGGACUUCCUAUUGACGAAACAACAAAUACUUGGAUGGAUGUUCUUGAUGAGCCAAUGACUUUUUCAUCAGACGAAGAAGAUAAUGCUGACCAGCUUAUUUCCGAUAAAACCAAGUUGGAACAAAAAGUAACUGAGAAACCAUCAGAAGUGGAAGCUUCAAAGAAUGUUGUCGAACAAAUAGAAAAUGUAAAAGCAACUGAGAUUAUAACUUCAUCGGUAAAUGUAGUGACAGAAGAAUCAAAAAUAUCUGUUGAUAUACAAGAGAAACCCAAAAAGGUUGACUAUGUUGGACUUCCUAUUGACGAAACAACAAAUACUUGGAUGGAUGUUCUUGAUGAGCCAAUGACUUUUUCAUCAGACGAAGAAGAUAAUGCUGAACAGCUUAUUUCCGAUAAAACCAAGUUGGAACAAAAAGUAACUGAGAAACCAUCAGAAGUGGAAGCUUCAAAGAAUGUUGUCGAACAAAUCGAAAAUGUAAAAGCAACUGAGCUUAUAACUUCAUCGGUAAAUGUAGUGACAGAAGAAUCAAAAAUACCUGCUGAUUUACAAGAGAAACCCAAAAAGGUUGACUAUGUUGGACUUCCUAUUGACGAAACAACAAAUACUUGGAUGGAUGUUCUUGAUGAGCCAAUGACUUUUUCAUCAGACGAAGAAGAUAAUGCUGAACAGCUUAUUUCCGAUAAAACCAAGUUGGAACAAAAAUUAACUGAGAAACCAUCAGAAGUGGAAGCUUCAAAGAAUGUUGUCGAACAAAUAGAAAAUGUAAAAGUAACUGAGCUUAUAACUUCAUCGGUAAAUGUAGUGACAGAAGAAUCAAAAAUACCUGCUGAUUUACGAGAGAAACCCAAAAAGGUUGACUAUGUUGGACUUCCUAUUGACGAAACGACAAAUACUUGGAUGGAUGUUCUUGAUGAGCCAAUGACUUUUUCAUCAGACGAAGAAGAUAAUGCUGAACAGCUUAUUUCCGAUAAAACCAAGUUGGAACAAAAAGUAACUGAGAAACCAUCAGAAGUAGAAACGUCAAAGAAUGUUGUCGAACAAAUCGAAAAUGUAAAAGUAACUGAACUUAUAACUUCAUCGGUAAAUGUAGUGACAGAAGAAUCAAAAAUACCUGUUGAUUUACAAGAGAAACCCAAAAAGGUUGACUAUGUUGGACUUCCUAUUGACGAAACAACAAAUACUUGGAUGGAUGUUCUUGAUGAGCCAAUGACUUUUCCAUCAGACGAAGAAGAUAAUGCUGAACAGCUUAUUUCCGAUAAAACCAAGUUGGAACAAAAAGUAACUGAGAAACCAUCAGAAGUGGAAGCUUCAAAGAAUGUUGUCGAACAAAUAGAAAAUGUAAAAGUAACUGAACUUAUAACUACAUCGGUAAAUGUAGUGACAGAAGAAUCAAAAAUACUUGUUGAUUUACAAGAGAAACCCAAAAAGCUUGACUAUGUUGGACUUCCUAUUGACGAAACAACAAAUACUUGGAUGGAUGUUCUUGAUGAGCCAAUGACUUUUUCAUCAGACGAAGAAGAUAAUGCUGAACAGCUUAUUUCCGAUAAAACCAAGUUGGAACAAAAAGUAACUGAGAAACCAUCAGAAGUGGAAGCUUCAAAGAAUGUUGUCGAACAAAUAGAAAAUGUAAAAGUAACUGAACUUAUAACUUCAUCGGUAAAUGUAGUGACAGAAGAAUCAAAAAUACCUGUUGAUUUACAAGAGAAACCCAAAAAGGUUGACUAUGUUGGACUUCCUAUUGACGAAACAACAAAUACUUGGAUGGAUGUUCUUGAUGAGCCAAUGACUUUUUCAUCAGAUGAAGAAGAUAAUGCUGAACAGCUUAUUUCCGAUAAAACCAAGUUGGAACAAAAAGUAACUGAGAAACCAUCAGAAGUGGAAGCUUCAAAGAAUGUUGUCGAACAAAUUGAAAAUGUAAAAGCAACUGAGCUUAUAACUUCAUCGGUAAAUGUAGUGACAGAGGAAUCAAAAAUACCUGUUGAUUUAUCAGAUAAACCCAAAAAGAUUGACUAUGUUGGACUUCCUAUUGAUGAAACUACAAAUACUUGGAUGGAUGUUCUUGAUGAGCCAAUGACUUUUUCAUCAGACGAAGAAGAUAAUGUUGAACAGCUUAAAUCCAAUAAAACCACGUUGGAACCAAAUGUAACUGAGAAACCAUCAGAAGUAGAAACUCCAAAGAAAAUUGUCAAGCGAGUGGAACCUAUGAAUAAUGUGUUUGAAACAUUAGUUGAUGAGAACGUAGAAAAGGAAAAAGUAUCGUUAGAUGCCGAAAAAGAAGUAGAAAAAUCACUUAAACCGAGUAGACCAAACAAAGUCGAUUUUGGUGUACUUCCUAUGGCUGACUCUGCAAAUGAUUGGAUAGUUUCAUCAUCAGAUAACAAAAUUGUUUCAGUUGGUGAAGAAAUAAAUGCCCAAAAGCCACAGCUUUCUGAAGAAAAAACAAUUGAUGAGGUUCAAAUUACUACUAGUUCAAGAGUUAUUGAAAAAGAAAAUUCUGGUAAUGUUAUUAUAACUGAAACGCGAAAAAUUGUCAUGGAAAAUGAACAUGGUCAGCCAAUUUACGAAUUUUCAAUGCCUCAAAAACCAAGGCAGCAGGUUGACUAUAUCCAACCCUUACAUGAUGAGAAAUCAGUAAUUGAUACGUGGUCAAGUGUACUAGAAGAUUCUAUUCCAUCAAAUAGUACGCCAACAUUUUCUAAAUUAUCAGCUGAUGCUCCGGAGUUCACACCAGCUUUUAUGCGUAAUUUACAAGCAAAUAAAACUGAGGAAUUUCUUAGAUCUGAAAGAAAAGUCAUUAUAUCUGCCGAUAAGCCAGAGUAUAAAACAUUUGAUUCUAAUCCUUCGAUGAUUUCUGAUACGCCUUUCCAUAUUCCAAAAGCAGAGAGUAGAAAGGAAUACAUGGAUAUUGAAAAGAACGUUUCAUCUGAAGAACCUGUUCGAAAAUCAGAUGGCAAGAGCUAUGCCGAUAUACUUUUCGGAGAAUAUAUGCCUUCCAUGCAGCCCUCUUUAAGUACUUCGAUAAUUGAAUGCAGCCAAGUCGAAAAUAUCAAAAAACCCGACGGAAAGGUUAGUAGCGUAAGUGUUGCCUUAGAUGUGCCUCAAAAUAAGUUGGAAGAAAAUAAACAGCCAUCUAAGGACAAAACUACUGACAAACAGCAAAAACGGAAAUCGAAAAAACAAAAAUCAAACAAUAAUCUUCAAAAAGUGGUGAAACUUUCAGAGGAGGAAGCAAUAAACCCAGUUUUGCCAUCGGUCAAAGGUGAAGAAGAAGAAAAACCAGUGUCUUCUCCAAUAAAACAGACUAUUGUUACUCCAGAUCCAAAUUCAUGGGCUUCAAUUGUUAGUCGGCCAGGAGAAUGGGUUGAAUCUAUUCCUAAGAAAAAAGAAGUUAUUGAAAAGAAAGAAAUUUUAGAAUCUCCAAAGAAACACGAAAAGAAGAUAAAGACUAAAUCCAACCCAGUAAUCAAAGAAAAAGUAAAAAUAGAAAAAAAAUUGUCCAAAGUUGUUGAUUGCGAUGAAAAAGUUGAUGCAGUGAAAUCGAAUUCAGAUUCUGAAGAACAAGACUCCGCAUUACAUUUGGAAGAACAAAUAGUUUCCUCACUAACAAGCAGUCCCAUUGAUGAAAAAAAACUAGAAGAAAGUGAUAAAACAGAAUCAUUUACUUGGGCAUCGUUAGUUAGAAAGCCAGGAGAGUGGCAAGAUAAUACACUUCCUCGCAAGGACGAUUCAGUAAAGGAAAAGUCAAUGAAGUCCGAUUUAAUGAAAAGUAAGGUAGACAAAACUAAAGUGCAUCCUGAAAAUCCAAGUGAACAUGAUGAAAAGCAAAAACCUGUGAUUGAUGUGAGAAACAAGUCCGGAAGAUCACAUCCAGCGCAAAAAUCAACCAAAAUCCAAAAUAAAAAACGUAAGACUGUUGAGUUGCAGCAAAUCGAAGAGCCUAAGAGUACUCAUGAUACAUUAAGUGAUGAAGAUCAACAGAGCACUAUCACUCCUCAAAUGCCUUCAAUUGACCUUAAAGAAGAAGUUAUUGUUGAACAAGGCUUGACAUGGGCUAAAGUUGCCAGCCAAAUAGAUUCUUGGACCGAAAUUGAACCCAAAAAAGAAGAUAAGCCAGUACAAGCUGAAGAGAAACGUGGUAAAGAAAUAAGUAAAAAGUCGAAAAAGCCCAAAAAAAGUACUUUACCAGAAACAAUUGUACCUACUGAACAUUCUUCUGUUGUUUUGCCAAAGCCCCUGCUUUCCCUUGAAGUAGUUGAUUUACCGAAGGUUGAACAUAAAGUAAAACAGCAACCUUCUAUUAAAAUAGCUGAAACAACUUACCAAUCAUCUGGCCCAACGUGGGCGUCUAUUGUCAGUACGCAAACACCUUCUGUUAAACAAGUUUCUGGAAAACAAGUGGAUAAAACAUUCAAUCAAAGUCAACAGAAACCCCUUGCUGAUAGAAAACCUAAUGACAAGCCACAAGCGGUACCAAAAAAGGUUGUUGAAAAACCAAUUGUAGUUCAGGAGAAAAUUGUGCAAAAACCCAUAACUGACACUAAACAUGUUCACAACUUGGUAGUUACGACUAAAAAACCUGAUCAAAAAGAAAAACCAGUUCCAAAAACAUGGGCCGAACUUUUGGAGUAUGAAUCUGAUGAAGAUAUUACUUCAUCUAAAAAUGUUUCAGAAGAAUUAGAGAGCUAUAGCGAAUCCUAUCAAACUAUAGAUGUGGAGGAAGUCUAUGUUACCAAAAAUGAGAAUCCAGUGGAGAUCGAAGAUCUACCUAUUAUUGAUUCAACCAUUAUUACGGAAUCAAAAGAAAAUAUUCUUGAAACAAAGAAUUUAGAGCGAAUAGAUGAAGAAAUAACGGAAACAGUAAGAACUGAUACUGUAGAUUAUAAACAAAAAGAGGACGAUUCGAUAAAUACCAUCUCUGAAGUACCAAUAUCCAUCCCUGCCUUAGAAGUAAAAACAUUUAUUGAUAAUGAAAAACAACAUGUUUCAAAAACAGAGACCCAAACUGAACCUGAAGCGACUUUAAUAAAAGAAACAACUCCUGAAACACCUGCUUUGAUAGAAGAAGAAGAAAUUUCAACGGAAACAGUUAAAACUGAUACGUUAGAUUACAAGCAGAGCAACGAUGAAUCGACGAAUAUCAUUUCUGAACCCCAAAUAUCCAUUCCUGACUUAGAAGCAAACACAUUUAUUGAAUACGAAAAACAACAUGCUUUAAAAACAGAGCCCAAAAUUGAACCUGAAACGACUUCAACAGAAGACAUCGUUGAAACAACUCCUGAAAAUCCUAUUAGAAAGGGAAGCGAAGAAAACGAGUUUGCUUUGAAAAAAGAAAAACAAAUUUCAUUGCAAGAAUCUUUAGCUUCUCCUACAGAUCCAGACUUCAGUAACUUUAUGUUUUGGAAGAAUGCACCUGAAGAAAUCUCAGAAUUGGAGCCUAUUCCGAAAAAAGAACGAAAGGUUUCCUGGUCAACUAAUUUAAUUCAAGUGAUCGCCGAAAAGAAUGAAGAUUCCCCUCUUAAUGAACACAAGUUAUUAGAAUCAUCAAGUGUCUCAUUAGAGCUUCCAACCUUGUCCGAAAACAUAGCAACCGAUACCGUCAUAUCGCAAAAGAAUGAUAGUCAUAAUAUCAACAAAACUAUCUCAACAAUUACCGAAACAACAAGUGGAUUUAUUAUUUCAGAGCAAAUAAAUAUUUUAAAAGAACGCCAGCUUGAAAAUAAAUUGAAAACAAAUAUUGCUGAAGAAAUCCACAAAAAAUCAGAAAUUGAAUCACAUACACAAAAGGAUGAACCGAUUUCUUUUGAAACAGAACACCUUGAGGUAGAAGAACCAAAUGGUACACCCUGUUUGAUACGAGAAAUUGUUACAGAAAAUGUUGAAAUUAUUGAAAAGAUUUCUGAAAAGGAACCCUUCAAAGAAAGUGAACUACAUACUGAUAUCACAAUGGAAGAAAAACCUUUAGAAAAUAAAGGUAAGCAAAUCAUUGACGAAUCUGAAGAUGACAAAGAUAAAUCAACCAUAAGUAAAUUUGAGAAUCUUACCACUGCUACGAAAGAAGAAGAAUGUAAACCGAUAGAAAGUUUAACCACUGUUGUUGAAAACAAAAACAAAUUAGAGCCUGUUGUAGUACCUCCAGAAAACAUUAGAGAAGACAAAAUUAUCAAAAUUGAUUCUAAAACAAUUCAUCUACCAACAGCAAACGAACCUGAGGAAAAUCACAUUGUUGAUUUAACUACCGCAGAAGAAAUCAAAGUGGUGAAGGACGAUACUCCAAAGCAUGCAUCUCAUAUUAAGUUACCGGAAGAUGUGGCCAUAUCUCCGAGUGCUUCUUGGUCAACAAUAGUUACAACAGAUGCUACUCAUUUGCCGCAUGAACACGAAACGACGUUCAUAGAACAUGUUUCUUCUGUUGAUGUUUUAGAAGAUACUCAUACAUACAACUCACAGAAAACUGUCGAAGUACCUUCAAAUAAAAAGAAAAAAUCUAAGGUUAUAGAAAAAACCGAUAUUGCAUUUGGAGAUGAGAAUGAAAUGAAGGAGAAUAUGGAAGCAAUUGAAAUUAAGGCUAUAGAACAGUCAGACAUAUAUGAACCAGUCCAUAAGGAAGUUGUUCCUCGGGAGAUUCAAUCAAAACAACAAGAUGUUAUGGUAGAGCCAGAUAAUAAACUAAAAUCAACUAAAAAUUAUUCCACAAAUGAAGAUAUGGUUACUGAACAAUGUACAACUCCUUGGUCCACGGUUAUGAAGGCAGCAACUGCUGAUUUUAUUUCUACCGAAAAACUUGAACUAACAGAAACGUUUGUUGAACAGGAAACAAAUACAACUAAAACCUCAAUAGAUGAGAACCCAGAAACCGAAAAAGACGAAAUAAAAAUUGGCCCUCAAACACAAAUUGAAAUACAGAAGCCUAGUAAAAAUAAGUCAAAUAAAAAGAAGCCCAUGGAAACUCCAUUGAAACCUGACUUCAACACACACAAACCUUCUGAAGAAACUCAAAUUGACAUAAGUGAUGUCAUCAUUGAGGACAAACCAAGAAAGUCAAAUAAAAAGAAAUCUAUUAAAAAGAAUUCUACCGAUAAUCCAAUUGCAGAUCCUUCCAACCCAGAAAAGGAAGUAUCUCACAUAGAAGACAAAAAUGUUGACCAACCAUCAAUGCAGUCACAUGAAAUUCAAGUUGAACAACAUUUGACCUCUUGGUCAACGAUUGUUAAGACGGCAACUCCUGAAAUAACAUCUGAUGAGCAAUCCAAAGUACCACAAACUUUACUUGAAUCUGAAGAAAUUGUUUCCAAUGUCGCUAUUGAUAACAAACCAACAAUUGAAUUAACAACCGAUUCUCAAACACAUGUUGAAACAAAGAAAUUAGGCAAAACUAAACACAAAAAGAAGAAAAUUCUUGAGGCUUUUGAAGACACUUCCAAACAAAACAAAGAAAUAGCUUCUAUGGACAACAAAACUGUUUUAGAAACAACAACCAAAAUUAAUGAAAAGGGCACAAGUCAACAACCAGCUUCUUGGUCAAUGAUUGUUGAGACAGAUGAAUUUAUCUCUUCUGAAAAGGCUGAAGUUGAAUACGAUAUCAAGGUUUCUGAUGUCACCAAUAAUAAACCAAUUGUUGUUAUCGAUGAAUUGACCCAUGAUUCUCAAACACCAGUUCAUUCAAAGAAAGCUAGUAAAAAUAAGCAGAAAACGAAGAAAAUACUUGAACCUUCCACUAAAGAUGUAUCUCAACUAGAUUCGAAAGUUGAUUCUAAUAAAGACUAUAAUAUUGAAGAACCGGCAUUGAAGACACAACAUACUGAAGAACCAUCUGCUUUGUGGUCGGCAAUAGUUAAGACAACCGCAGCUGAAACUAUCUCUGCUGAUCAACCUAAACAUCCACACGCUUUGAUUGAUCAUAAACUCAUAGUAUCAGAUAUAACUAUGGAUGAUAAACAACCUAAAGAACUCCAUACUGAUUCUCAAGCUCAAAUUGAAAUGAAGAAUCUAACAAGUGAUAAAGAAGCUGAAAAUGAGAAGCUUCUAGAGGUUUCGAUUGCAACAACACCUGCAUAUGAAAAAGAAUUAUUGCCCGAAGAAAAAACAGCUGUUGCUUGCGAAACUCAAAAAGUUGCGGAAACUGAAAAUGUACAACCGCAAACUUCGUGGUCGACAAUUGUUAAGACAACUACUGUCAAAUUUAUCUCUGCAGAACAACAUGGACUUUCACAGCCUUCAAAUAAAGUUGAACCAUUAGUUUCUUAUGCUAUCAAAGAUGAAAAAUCAACUGUUGAAAUCCUUGAACCAGUAACCGACUCUCAAACACAUGAAACAAAGAAUUUGAGUAACAACAAGUCUAAAAAGAAGAAAAUUAUUGUGUCCCCCGAAAUAAAGAACGAAGUAUCUCCUUCACCAAUCAAAACUGCGGAGGAACUAAUAACUGAGAAACAAGAAAAGGAAGCCGUUAAACCUUUAACUUCCUGGUCGACAAUUUUAAAGACAAAUUCUUCUGAGCAGUCUAACUAUCCAAAGGCUUUAGUCAUCGAACAAGAAGUUAUUGUUUCUGAGUCCACCAACGAUAAUACACCAUCAUUUGAAGUCAAUCAAUUAGCCAAUAAUGAAGCUAAUGUGGGAUCAAAGAAGCCAUCCAAAAAUAAGUCUAAAAAGAAAAAGCCAGAAGAGACAUUUAUUCCCCACACCUCCGACAUAGAAACGGAAGUCCAUCUCUUAGAAGAUAAGACUAUAGAAAAACCAAUUACUGAGCCGAUUAGCAAGAAGAGUGAAGAAAUUACAACUUCUUGGUCAACUAUUGUAAAGUCAAACUAUCCUGAGAAGCCAGUUGAACAUGAGCACAAGGCAACUGCGAUUUCUGAAAAAGAUACAUCAGUUUUUGAACCUCAAGAAUCACCAGCAAACUCUCAAAAACAAGACGAAACCAAGAAACAAAUUAAAAAUAAACCCAAAAAGAAAAAAUCUUCUGAGACUCCAAUAAAAGACUCUUUCUCAUUAGAAAGUGAAAACAUUCCUUUAGAAAUCGAAAUUGCUACAGAACCAUUAAUCAAGCCAACUGACGAUGAAACCAAAAAUCAAUCAACUUUCUGGUCAACAAUAGUUAAAACUAGCACUGCUGAAUUUAUUUCUGCUGAACAACCCAAAUUAUCUGAGACUUUAAUUGAACCCAAUGACACCACGGAUGAUGAACCAACGAUUCAAAAUCAAGAAUUAAUAUUUGAUUCUCAAACGCAAGUCAAAACUAAGAAACCAAAUAAAAAUAAAUCAAAGAAGAAGAAGCCUAUUGAGGUUUCAACACUUGACAUUCACGAAAUAGAAACAGGAGUCGAUACCUUGGAAGACAAAACUUUUGAGGAGCCACAAACUCAAACCAACGGUGAUAGCGUUGUUCAGCACUUAACAUCUUGGUCGACAGUUGUUAAGACAACAACUACUAACUCAACAGCUGUUGAGCAACUUAAACUUCCUCAGACUUUAGUUGACAAAGUUAUUGAACCCGUUAUCACUACUGUUGAAAAACCGACUAUUGAAGUCAAUGCAAUCACAACCCAUUCACACCCUGAAACGAAGAAAACCAAUAAAAAUAAGUCUAAGAAGAAAAAGGUUACAGAAAGUGUAAUAAAAAGUACUUUUGAACCAGAAACCGAAGUGGAUCGAACAGAAGAAAUGGUUGAUGAACCACCAACUCAACCUUGUGAAAAGUCCACAGAAAUAAUCUCAACUUCUUGGUCAAGAGUUGUUAAGGCCAAUGCAGUUGAAUUACCUUCCGCUGAGAAAACAACACUUGAACCUUUAACAAGACAUGAAUUAAUAGCAUCUGAUGUUGUAGUAGAUGUUCCAUCAAAUGAUUCUCGAACUCGAAUUCCUCAAGUAGAACCAAAGAAACCAAGAAAAAUGAAGACAGAAAAUAAAUUACCAAUUGAGGCCGCAGAAAUUCAAGCUGUUAGAUUAGAAGACAAAACUGAUCUGAUUCCAGAAGCGCACACAUUUGAAGAACAAACUGAUAAACCUUCAUCAUCAUGGGCGACGAUUGUAAAGACAACUACUGCAGAAUUUAUUACUAACGAGCAGCUUAAGUUCCCACAGGCCUUGGAUAGUAAACCAACUAAAAUAAAUAAAUUAGAAACCGAUUCCCAUACACCAGUCAAAACAAAUACACCAGUAAAACACAAGGCCAAGAAACAGAGAUUAAAUCAAAGUCCAUCAAAACCAACUUCUGAAGUAGAACGAGAAGUGGUUCAAGAAGACGCACAUGCUGGACAACCUUCUCAAAAAACAACACCUGACCCUAAACUUCCACUGAUUGAAGUUAAACAGGAGCCAUUAGUUUCUGAUAUCAAUAUAUCUAAAAAUCCAUUAAAAGAAGCUGAUAAAUUAAUAACAAACUCCAGAACUAUAAUUGAAACAAACAAGCUAAGUAAAAGUGAGCCUAGAAAAAAGAAAAUUCCUGAAGCUUCAGCUGUUACUACAACUGCAUCAUAUAAGGAUAGUUCUAAGGAAACUUUCACUCCCAGUUUAUCAUUUUCAAGCACAAUUACUACUGAACUCAUCUGCUCUGAAGAACUGAAGGUUCCAGUUAAUUUAGUCGAACAAAAAACAUUACUGUCUCUUGACAUCAAGGAUGAUCAAUCAACAUUUAAAGCCGUUAAGAACGAUCCUUCUGGAACCCCAAUAUUUUCCGUUGAGGAACCAGAACCAAUUUCAGAUAAAAUUCCAGAUGAUAACGUUCCAGAAUGUUUCUUAAGUACCAAAAAACCAUUAUCGGUAGAUAUCGGAACUGUCGAAGAUGACACUCCUGUUGAGCAUAUUCUUAAACAAGGUGCGCAAGACGAAGUAGAAAUAGAAAUUGUGAUUACAAAUAUUGAACAAAAUCCAACACAAGAUGUUUCUGAAGUUAAUGACUCACAUAAUUCCCUUAAUUUAAAUCCAGUUCAAUCAGAUGAAAAGCCAGAAAGAACAUGCGGAGUAGAAACCACCAAAAUUGAUGAAAAUAUUGAAACUAUUCCACAAGUCCCGAACACCUCAGAAAUUAGUUUGGAAUCAGUUGAAAAUUCAGAAGAAAAUGAAAAAUCAUCUUCUCCUAUGGUCUUCUCUUGGUCUAAACUGGUAGAGGAAGAAAUAUAUGAAAAAGAAACAUUGAGUUCAAAAGAUCACAAACAAAGCGUACAAGUUUUCAACACAGAAAGUGAUAUUAAACCCAAAUCCAAAAAGAGUAAAUCUGUUGUGACUAGCGAAACUAUUUCGGAACCUAAAGAAAUAAAAUCAGGAAAUAGAAAGCAUAAAAUGAACAAACCGGAAUCGAUUGAAAGAGUGAAAAAUGAAAAAUUAAAAGAAGACAAUCAGAAGCCAGCUUUAGCAGAGCAAGUAAUUGGCAAAACAAAUGAGCAGCCUUCAACAAAAAUCACACCAAGUUCAUCAAUUAUACCAGUUGUUCAAUCAUCUCAAUCUUGGUCAUCGAUUGUUCAACACAGUACAUCGGAGCCAACGACAACUCACAGUAUAACUGAGGUUAAGACAUCAAAGCAAACCACUAAAUCAUCACAAAAUCGAGACGAAUCUCAACCCAUGGUCCCCCAAUCAAUUUCAUCAGAUGUAUUUUUAAUCAAAGAGGAUCCAAUUGAAGUCGAGGUUGAGUACUUGCCAGUCAAAAAAUCUGAAGAGAAUACUGAAAAAUCGAAAAUAGCAGAGUUUUCAGAGUUCAUCCCAGAUACAAUUUCACAACCUCUAAUGUCUUGGUCUUCCAUAGUUAAGCAAACUGAAGAUUUUAUUUCUUCAGAACAAAAAGGGGUUUCUACUAUUGAACAAAUUGAAAAGAAUAUCGAAUCAGCGAACAACGAAAAAUUGAGCAAGCCAACAGAUUCAGAUGUUAAAAAGGAACAUAUUCCACAACAGAAGCUCAAAGAAAAAUCAAAGAAACAACAGAAAAACACAAUACCCAUUGAAAGUGGUAGACACUUACGCGAUAAACGUUCUAAAUCAAAAGAUAAACAAUCUACAGUUAGUGCUCUUCCAAUAGUAGAAAUGCAGUCUUACACAAUAAUCGACAAGGAAGCACUCCAAACGCAUAAUGAAAGUACCGCACCUAUUGAAGAUAAUUUACUGAGACCAACAACUUCUAGUGCAGAUGAAGAUAUUAUAAAGGUUGAACUUCUCCCAGAAGCCUCAAAAGAAGACAGUAACAAAGAUCAAAUAUCAACAAAGCUUACAGAAAAACAAAAGCCUGAAAAUUGGAAGAGAGAGAAAAAACCUAAGAAGGUGGACUUAGAUAAACCCACUCAAUCAAACCAAGACAACCUUCCCAAAGAACUUAACGAACAAUCUACACCAAACGUAUGGAAAUUGGGUGAAACAUAUGCUGAAAUCGUAAGAAAGUCUGGUCUUCUGACGGAACCUAUUGUAUACGAAACAGAAACCACUCCAAUUGUUCACAAAGAUACAACCGAUGUUAUUGCAAUUGAAAGCGACACGCAGAUGGAAGAGGAAACGGUACGCAUUGAGUUUAAACCAGAUGUUAUAGUUUCUGAACCCGAAAUACCAGACAAUAUUCCUAAACAUAGCAAAAUUUUAAUUGACCAUAUCCAAGAUUUAAAAACAACCGAAGACAAUAUUUCGUUUGAGAGAAAUGUUUUGGAUCAGGAUGAUGUAUCUAACAAAUCAUGGGCAACUAUUGUCAAAGAAAACGUUUCUGAGCAACAGUCUAUAACGCCAAUUUCAGAAGUGGUAUCAAAUGUAUCUUCAAGAGCUUCUAGAUCACAAGUGCGCCCAAUUAUUCAUGUUACUGAGUCAAGUGAUUACGGCCAUGAAAUAGAACAACCUUUGGAUGCUGAAGGCUUCCUUGAAUGUAUUUCUAAGAAAGAGAAGCAUCGAAGAAGAUCACGAUCGAGAUCGCAACAGCCAAUAAAAGAAGUAAUUGAGGUACCUGAAGAGACAAAGUCGAAGCCGAAGAAAAAUAAACCAAAAAAACAUGCUAAAAAACAAGAAGAAGAAGUUAAUGCAGUAUCCAUUGAACCUAACAUUGAAGGAGGCUCUAAAACCCCUACGACUGAGACUAAUGAUAAUAUACUCUUGUCCUGGUCAUCUGUAGUAAUGCAGGCCGAAGAAGAAGAACUCGCACAAAACGAUUUCACAAGUCCAUUAGAAAUUCCAGCAAAAGAAGAUCAAACUUCUUUAGAGAGUACAAAACAUACAAUGUCUAAGAAUAAGCCUAAUGAUAAACAAUUAGAACACUCUGAAACAACUGAGGUGCAUUCAAAACUUUCUAAAGAUAAAAAGAAAGCUAAAAAAUCAACAAAGGUACUUAAAGAUCCUCUUCAAGUUGAGGAAUUAAAGACUACGGAUACUGUAAAACCAGAAUCAUUUGAGGUAUGUGACCAGUUAAUUCAAAAGCAACUCUCCGUUGAGGAGUUAAAAACUCCUGAUACUAUUAAACAAGCAUCAUUUGAGAUAUCUAAUCAGCUACUUCAAGAUCCACUUGAAGUUGAGGAUUUAAAAACUACAAGGACUGAAAAAAGUGAAUCAUUUGAGUUAUUAGACCAAGUUAAGACUGCAAAACCAGAAUCAUUGGAGGUAUGCGACCAAUUACAUCAUGAGCCACUUCAAGUUUUGGAGUUAAAAACUCCAGAGAUUUUAACAAGAGAAUCUUCAACAGUUAAACAGGCUAUUGAAUCAAUAAACCCUAAAUUUGAUAACAUCAAAAUAGAGGCCAAAAUCAUACAAGAAGAAAUAGAAACGCCAAGACCAUCUGAAGAAUUUAAAUCCACACCACAGGAGUCUGUUAAACAUGAAGACUCCACAAAAGCCACUGUUUCAAGGCUUGAAAGCGAAGAAAUAAAAACAUCAGGAUCUUCUGAAGAAUUAGAACCUACACAUCAGGAGUCCAUAAAACAUCUAGACUCAACAAAACCCACUACUUCAAGACUUGAAAGUACUCUUUUGCUGGAAAAAGAUCAAACAGCCUUACCAGUUGAUAAAUUCGACGCAGAAGUUUUCUUUACUGACAACUCAACAAGAGUUAUUAUUACUAAAACCACCAGAUCCGAAGUUCCUGAGCAAAUCACUAAUUCAAAACAAGAACCAACAGUCAUGACUUCUGAUACUAGUAAAUUGUUACCAGAAAAUAUAUCACAGGUUUCCGAAACAGCCAAAAUUAGCCCUGAAAUAGAAAUGAGUAUCACUGCUGGUGUUUCAAAUGUUUCAGUAGUUUCGACAAAUGCUGAAACUAAAACAGAAACGAAUAAAAUAGCAGAUGCUUCAAAUGUUUCAGAAGUUAAGACAGAUGUUAAAAAGAAUGAAGUCAGUGAUAUAUUCAAGGAACCAAUCGAGGAACCCAUCAAAACUGAAAAUUACGAAUUUGGAUCAUUUUCAGAUACACCAAUUGACAAAAAUCAAUACGCCUAUACUUCUAUAACCAACGUACCUGAAAAUACAUGGUCAACCACUGUGAGCUACAUAACCGAGUCUAAAGUAGCGGAUACAUAUCUGCCAGUUAAAGAUUUCGAUACUACGGAAACAAUUACUCCUAUUCCAACACCAUCUGAAAAUAUUUUACAAAUGUGUCCUGCACCUACCCACUCAUCAAGUGAAUUAAACAGUGUUUCUUCUGAUUCAAGCGAAAGUGAUGCUCUUAAGAAAAUCACAGAAGCAAUAGCUAGAACUACUCAAAUUUUACAGAAGCCAUUGAAUGAAAUAGAACAGGAUUUAUCUACGAGUAUAGAACCUAAAACUAAAAAUUUGAAUAUUAUUGAUCGUACAUUUGAUUUAGAUCUUGAGUCAUUUGUUUUAGAUGGUUCUGACAUUAAUAGUUUAAAUGACGUUAAAGGUAGAGAAUCAUUGGAAAAUAAACCCGUAGAACCUAUAGAAAGCAUUGAGUCUACGACUUGUUCCUCGAAAUCUAACGAAAUUCUAUUUAACCUCUAUCGCGACUCUUUCCGAACAAAUCUUUCCUCUCUGGCUUUGUUUGAAGCCAGUUGGGUUUUAUUAAUGCAAAGCCAAAGUGUUCCUUCCACGAUCAGAAAAUCUGAAAUUUCUGAGCAAAUAAAUAAGACUGAUAUGGUGCACAUAGAUAAACAAGAUUUAGAAACAGUAGAAGAUGAUGCAAAUGCACGCCUUUGUAAGAAUUUGUAUAUUGAAAAUCUGGCUAUUCCAGUGCGCCCCAAAUUUAAUGAAUACGAAGUAGAAUGUCCUGUGCGACUUGUUAGUGAUAUGAUUAGCGAAGAUAAAGUAGACGAAGACAAUAAAGAAGACGAGGACGAGAACGAGGACGAGAACAAACAAACACCUGCUAUCGAUUUCAAAAAGAAAAAUGAUGAUAGUGACGACGAUGAUGAUCAUAGUCCUGGGAGCACUGGUUCAAGUGGUACGGUGACGCCAACUUCGAAAACUCAAAGUAGCAUGAGUUGCGCUUCACAGAGCAUGUCAGCUGAUCUUCCUGGUGGUAUUGCAAAUUGGCGCGAACAAAGUACUUAUAUUGCUCUAGACGAAAACCAAGAAAAACCCAAUACUAAUGAUUUGUCAGAAAAAAUAACAACUACCACAGCUGCUAUCGCAACUAUAUCCUCAAACCUUAUCCCUAAUGUUAUCCCUAAUGUAAUCCCAACACCCACAAUCCUUCCAACAUCAGUGUUUUACCCCGAAAUCACUGCAAAAAUAACGCCCGAUGUAACUGAAAAUUUAACUACAACUGGGGAUCAAUUAACCACCCUGACUAGCACUAAACUAACUCAUAUCGCUGUUGCUCCUGCGAUGUCGCCAAAAAUCACUACAACCACUAAAACAGAAACAGUCUUACCCGAAAGUAUGCACCCAGAACAGAAAAUCAUAACCAAAACAACAACAACCACAACUACAACCACUGAUGAGCUCUUAUCACCCGAAAUUGCUCCAUCAAGAACCAAACCCUCAAUCGUCAAAAGGACGACAAAGACUACCACCACAACGGUGACUGCGCCUCCUGGGGAGCAUUCAUCUACGGCAUUAGAAAACGUUUCAGGCUCCAAGGAUGUCGUCCUCGAAUACAGCCAUCAACAGAAGGAGGCAAUUUCACAAGAAAUUGAUGAACUGCUUCAAUCACUAUCUACAAUUGAAGAUGGAAUUGGUAAUUUACCAAAUACAAGCCUUGAAAACAUGGCACAUGGUUUGAAGCUCAUACUACAAAACUUGGGAUCAUACAUGCAAGAAGUCGAACGUAUCAAAGAUGUCAGCCAGUCGUUCCCUACAGAUCCGCAAACGGAUAGAAUUCUCAAUGAAAUCAGGGAUCGCAUAGAUUUCCUAUCGCUUAGAUCGCAACAAGGAAUAACAAUGGUGGAGAGCGCCUUACAAGAACAACGCAAACGUAAACAAGAACUUGAAAAUUACCAACGUCAUUUGAGUGAAGUUGAAAAUUGGUGUAAAAAUGCCUUUGUGGAGACUGAAGAGAUUGAAAGGAAUCCUAUUGAAGAUCAAAUUGCAGAUCUUCAACGACUGUUAAGAAACUUGAAAGAAAAAGAAUCUGCAUUGCUUCAAAUUGCCCAAAGCACAAAAGAUCUUCAACAACAUAGCGAGUUAUCGGACUUGGUGUCGACUCUUUCCGAACACCUUACCUUAGUGAUAACAACAAUUAGAGAACAAAUUACUCUUAUCACAACUCGAAUAACUAUUAUUGAAACUCAGAUAGUUGAAGAAAGGAAGAAAAUAACUGAGAAAAAGAAGGCAGAAGAAGAAGAGAUAAAGAAGAAAAAGGAAUUAGAAGAUGAGCUAAAGAAACAAAAAGAAACUGAAAAAAUUGCUAUUUCAAAAAUUCAAGAGGCAUCUCCAAAGAUAUUAGAACAUCUAAGCAUAAUACAAGAUAAACCUAUUGAGUCAGACGCCAGUGCACCAGGAUCUCUUGUUGACGAAAAUACACUUGAUUCCACUUCCAUGCCUGAAGAAGAAAUUCAGAACGUAUUGGGGCAGCUAGAAGUAGAAACGCAAACAUCGUUAAGUCUUGUGCCACACGUUGAAGUUGUUGCUCAAAUUGAAGCAGAUGCACAAACAAGUUUUCCACUGGUUGAAACUGUUGAAACAUCAAUGCAGACUCAAAAAGAGCGAAAACCAACUGAAAACAUUUUUGUUACUCAGAAAGUAUUUGGCGAUAGAGAAACUAUCCAAAUAGAUACUCGUCCAAAUAAAGAAGUUCCAGAUUCACCAGAUGAUAUAUUUGUUGAGGCAAGAUUUCAUCAAAAACCACAGCAUGACGUUAACCGUGCAACUGAGUUGGUUAUGCAAAAUGUCCCCGAAUCAUUCGAAACAACGUUCGUACAACCUGAUGAAACCACUACUGAAGUAAUGAUAAAUCCUGAUGGCACGAAACAAAUUAUUGUUAAAAAAAUGAUACGUACUAUCCGCACUACUCAAACAAUGUCUACCGCAAAAGAUUCUCCAAACGCUGGAAUUAUUCAAGUGAUUUCUUCGACUCCGGAAGAAAGUGGUGAUGAUUUUAUAAAUGACAAGAUGAUAGUACCUUCAGGAAUUAAUCAACUCCAUCCUGAGCAUGUAGAAUUUACUCCAAUAACUGCAAGUCAAUCUUCAAGUGUUCGUGCAGUAGUCCAACAAGUCACACGAAAAAUCAUACGGAAAACUCGAAAAACAAUAAAGCGUGUAGUGACAAUUGAUGGAAAAGAAUGUGUCACAGAGGAAGUGAUUGAAGAACCCGAAGAAGUAGAAAUUACUGAAGAAGAGUUGCCCCCUCAAGUUCAAGUCAAAAUUGUACGCACAAUUAACGGUCAAAUUGUAACCGAAGAAGAAUUCGAACGUUUUAAGCAAAAACCAGGUGUUGUGAUUGAAGAGCAGGAUGCAGAACAAGCUCCAAGCACAUCAGGCACUUUGGUAACAUCACAGGUAUUUGAAUUAGAGCAAGCACCAGUAGAAUUAAAAACCUUUGAUACAGCACAAGUAGUAGAGAUGAUAUGUGAAAUUCCUAGUACCACUAAUGUUACAGAAAGAAAAUUAGACAACGCAGUCACAAUACCAGCACAGACAGUAACUACAGAACCAAUCGAUGAUGCGUCUGCUGCUGACAAAUUUGGAAAACCUCAACAGCAAGUUCCACCAGCAGUUGAAAACAUAACCGAUAUAUGGCCCAUUGAACAUCAUUUGAUGCCAACAUCCAUUGAAUUUUCUCAACAUUCUGAACCAGUUCAAGCUAUUUUGGAACCAAAAGAGGAAGAAAAAGAAGAUUUGCCUUUAGAAGGCGUUGUUGAAGUUGAGGAAAUUUGGCCAGUAAGUGAAUUGACUGGACAUUCUUUAGUUCUUGAUUCAACUGAAUCAAAUGAAUCAUCAAAACCAACUGAUAAGUCAACUGGUAAAAUCGUGCCAAAAGAAAAAGAAACUGUUAAGAAAGAUGUAAAAUCUAUUGACUCUAAUAGUCCACGCCCAGAAGUUAAAAUUCAAGAACAACAUUCUCUUGACACUGAAACCUCAAAUAAGGGCAUUGUAGACUUGACACUUCCAUCCGGACAAAUUGAAGCUGUUUCUCAAUUUUUGGAAUCUGAGAACAAACUCGAUUUUCCAAAGAUUUCAAUUGACUCAACAAACCAAGAAUCCAGAGUAACAAUAUCUAUAUCCGAAGAUAUUAAAAAAACAACACAAAUGUUAAUAUCAACAGAGAGUAAGUACGUCGAUCAACACUCGAUUGAACAACAUCAACCAGUUGAAGAGAGAACACCUGAUGCAGAUACUCAAUUAUUAGUUUCUGAAGAAGCUAAACUGAAGCGUGAACAAGAAAGUUCCAAAAUUGUGCCUUUAGAAGAAAUAGUAAAAGAAAAGCCUUAUAAGAAGGUGGAUAAUGAAACACCAAUUAUCACGAUACCUGAAAUAAUAACUCCAAGCAAAAAUGACACAAAGACUGUAAUAGAUUUGGUGUCCUCUAUCGAAGUCAUUCCAGAUCAAGCUUUCGAAGCUGUCCAUACUCUUGUUGAUGAACAUAGCGUUGACUUUAGAGAAAAUAAGCUAGCGCCAGUUUUGCCUAAAACAAAUGUAGAAAUUCAGCAAACCACAAAAAUGUUCAUUUCAGGAGAAUCAAUGCCAUCUGAAUCUCCACGAAAAUCAAUUAAAAUGACCGCACCCAGUUUAGAUAAUGCUGGUGAAAGUUUCCUUAAGCUUGGAAUGACCACAAUUGAUGCAUCCAUUCCAUCUCCAAAAAUCAACUUGAGCAUCACCGAAACAAGUGUUACUGAAACUGAUGUUGGAGAACCUUCUUAUAGCGAUGCUUUGGAUGCGAAGCGAAAUCGAAAGAAAAAAAAGAGAAGGGAUAAAGAGUCUUUCGAAAUAAAACAAGAAGAACCAGAGGUGCAGCACAAGGUAGAUGUUGAGCCUGAAGAAGUAAACCCCAUACCAUUGUCUGCUUCAGAAUUUGAAACAACUCAAGGAGUAGGCUAUGAGGAGGAAGAUUUUACUUUAAGCAAAGAAGACGAUACUCCCAAAGAAGAUACUAAAAAGAGACGUAAAAAGAAGAAGAAGCAGUCACUAAAAGUUAAAGAGGAUGAAGAUUCUUACAAUCCGCGGUCCUCCGAAGAAGGCAGUGAUGGAAAAUCUGUAAGCAUUGAAUCAGAAGGCAAAAUUUUGAAUGAAACUAUCGAAGAGAUAAACCCUGACAGUGAGGUUUCAAGUAUAAGUGAAGAAAAAUCAGUAAAAAUAAUUGAAGAAUCGCUCAUUUCUCCAAGCUCAGAUUCUCCCCGGCAAUAUCAAACUUCUGUAGUUAUUCCAACAGAAGUAAUAGAAAUUACUUACGUUGAAGACAAUGAACAACAAACAAGUCCCAGGGGUAAUAUAGUAUCACCCGAAAACAUACCUGAACAGAAAGAAAGUGAAUCCACAGAAGUGAAAUCAUCACAAACUUCGCCUGUGCACCGUGCUGUUGUAGAACUUGGUCAACAAACGAGUAUUGACCUCGACGUUGAUAUUCAGGAAGCAGAAUCACAAACUCCUAUUAUUGAAUUAGUUGAAAGUGAAGCCCAAACGACUGCUCCAAAACCAGAAGAAAAUGUUUCACAAAUAAAAGAAACAAUUUCAGAAGAGGUUCAAACUGAUGAAACAAUGACACCAACAAAAACUGCUGAAAUUUCAAGUCAGACUAAUUUAAUAACUACAACGGAAAAACAGCUACAGACAACUCCAAAAGCAUCACCAGUACACACGUCUAAACCUGAAGAUAAGUUUACUACAUCUGAUGUAACUGUUCCCAUAGUAGAUGAUCUUAUUGCCAACCUACAGCUUCCUGCUGAAAGAACUUCUUCCAAAGACCAGUCCAUUUCAACAGAUAAUCCAUUAACUGCUGAAACGUCCAUGCAAACAAUUGAAAUAGAACCAUUGGUUCAGAUAGUGACGGAAACCAGAGACACUGCAUCUUCUCCUACACUUCAAUAUCAUCAAGAAACUUCAGAAGCCGCAAUUCAAACAUACGCCCCUGAAUCUCUCGGUGAAGUAGAAGAUUCUUCGAUAAGCAUUUCUUCCUCAUCAGAACCUUUAAAUGUCGAAGUUCAUACAACAGUCGCCAUACCAGCUGACACAGAUGCGUCAGAAAGUGAGCCAACACUCUAUGAAUACAAACAGACAUUAGAGUUGCCUAAAAAAUCUAGAAGUAAAAAUGAGGAGAGUUCUGUUCCAGAGGUCAAUAUAAGCUUCGAAAUCAGCAACAAAGGUGUCGCUGAACACGAAGUUCUGGUGUCUUCAGCUCAAAUCCCAGCGGUCUCAUUAAAUAAAAAUAAUGAGAAACCAAAAUUGCACAUCACCACUUCCAAUAUCAUUGCUGAAACUUCGGAUCAGCCAGAUCAAUCUAACGAACAGGAUAAGAUCACCGUUCCUAUAAAACAAACACGAUCUCGUCCCACUUCACUCAUUAUGAUAGAAGAAGUUAUGUCACCAACUGAAGUUAUAGAUGUACCCAUUACACCUGGACCUGAUAUUGCUAGUGAAGAUACCAACAUUUGGUCGACAGCAACAAGUGUAAUAAAUCAAACACCCAAAGAAGCCACUCAACAAAUGUUAAUGUCUGAAAGUCUUAUUCACUAUCCUGGCCAAAAAGAAACCACUAUCUGGACAGAAACAAAGGAUGCUAUUGGAGACAGAAUACGGCAUUUAAAAGAAUGCCCCUUCAAGAACCAAACUCCUUUAAGCAACGUUCUUCACUUAGCUACUCUCAGUGAACGCGUAAAGGAUGAGCCAGUUGAAAAUCGUGUUAAGGAUGUGAAAGAUUGCCUAGAGACCUUAGAGCACGUUGUGGAGCAAUCCAAUACUACCGUCGUACAGACAACAGUUAUUACCAUAAUCGAAAAGGUUUCAACGUGGCUGGAAACAAUUGAGUACAGGGUGUACUUAAUUCGUCAGCAAUCAAAUGAAGGCCCCAGCGAAGAGAAAGUUGUAGGUUAUAAUCAACUUAACAAUGAACUGUCAUCUAUUAAGCAGAGUGUUAAUGCACUUGAAACUAAACUGGGUCACCCUAAAGUCGCGGAAGAUCCUGAAUCGCAGAUUCAGAUUUUGCAGUGUGUAGAAACACUAAAAGAGCACAUUGUAGCAGUUGAAGAUGUCACGAAAAGCAAUGAAGAACAAGAUCUGAAAGAUCUAGAAAAGUGGAAUCACUUCCAAGUUCAGGUUAAUCAAAUGACAAUGUUGUUAGAAGUCCUUCAGGAGAGUUAUGAAACAAUAAUAUCAGAAGACACAACACCUGCAUUACGACUUGAACAAUUGGAUAAGCUCGAAAAUCAAAAUAUCGAUACACUUAAUCAAGUUUCUCAACUUAUUAACUCAGCUCGAUCUUUUCAGAGGGAUUUCCCUAAUAAGCAGGUUCCUCAAGAUGUUUACACUUCUUUUGAAGUAGCAAAGAAUCUUGAAAACAAUAUUAUCCAAGAAAGAGAUCGCCUCUUGCAAUUACAGCUACUAGCUGAAGAUUACGAGGAGACUCUUAAAGAGUUUUCCAAGAUAACAAUAUUAGCCAACAAGCUUGUUGAAAAUCCAAUAGUAGCUAGUAACUUAGAUCAGCUGAACAUAGAAGUUCAAAACCAUAGAAAAUUCUUUGUGAACCUGAGCCAUUGUCGAGCUAUUCUGGAAUCACUUGAAGAAAAUAUAGAUUCAGAAACAAGGCAAAAGCAUUGUGAAAUGCAUAAGGAUCUUUAUGAACGAGCUACAAUUUUGCUGGAGAAGGCUUCUGAUCGAGCUUCUAAAUUGGCGCAAGCAGCUUCCCGUUGGACUGUAUUAGAAAAAGGUAUGAGAGAUGAAAGACAAUGGCUGCAGGUCGCUACACAACGUGUUCCCGACCUAUCCACAGUGACUUCAGCUGAUUUUGACCAAUAUACCACUCUUUAUCAAUCCUUGAAUACUGAUAUUUCCUAUCACUACGUAAAAAUGACUCAGCUUUCAAACAUUUCUAACAAGCUCCAGGAAUUGGUUCAGUCACCUAAUUUGGUCGAAGAAAGCAAUGAAGCCCUCAUCGUUCUACUUAAACUUCGUGAAGAAGUUGCAACUUAUCUGCAUCGUCUACUAAUUUUUAAAGAAAUUUGGACCCUUUAUGAAAAUCAAACAGAAAAGAUGGAAAUUUUCGUCCGAGACGCAGAAAAGGAGUUAAGUCAAAUCCAUAUCCCAGAUGAUCCACGAGAACAGCCCAUAGAGCAUAUGCGUCAAUUUUGGGAAGUGAAGGCCUACUUUGAAAUGCACAAUAACAUCCGAAACGAUGCAGGUUUGACAUUUGAAAAGGCUCUCACAGUUAUUCCACUAGCUGACGAAAUGCUACAAAGACAAUUCCAUGCUCAACUUGAAGACCGUUGGCGAGGAGUAUCCGAGAGAAUUGAAGGCAUCCAAAAUGCUAUUGUCAAUAGUAUGACUUCAGAAGAUGUACCAGAAGAAGAUAGACUUAAAUUGCUUGAACGAGAGCUUCAAGAAAUCUAUUUGACCAUGACUAGCAUGAAGGGAGUCAUAAAAAGUGAAGAAGAACUAAGCUUGUACAUUGAACGUAUACAAGUUUUGAAUACUCGCGUUGGUUUUAUUGGCAAUGAGUUAGGUCGCAUUGGUUUGCAGCCCGCUACCGAACCCGAAAAAAUAGGGCAGCUUUUUUCACUUUCACACAAAAUAACAACUCAAAUUAGUGAAGAACUUGAAGGUGCCGCCAUUUUAAAGGAACGACUUUUGUCAAUUCAAGAGGGCAUCACUAACUUGCGCAAAAAUCAAACCAAAAUCUCCGUAAUUUUAGACGAAUGUGAAAAUGCUGAAAAAUUAGGGAGCGAUGCAAUUGAAAAGGCUGUCAUUGAUUGUCAAUCAGUUGGAGAAGACCUUAUUUUAAAUUGGCAGGAAAUAAUGCGGUUGCGACAACUCCUACACACUCUUCCGAUGCAAUUGAAAAUGUCUGUAUCACCUAUUAAGUUGGAACGAGAAAUAUCUUUGCUGCAAGAUGAACAUGCAUUUUUGGAAUCGAGAUGUGCGAAUAUCAUGACUAUUUUAAAGAAUCGGCUCUCCUUAUGGUUACGCUAUGAAAGACAGCUUGAUCUCGUACGGAAUUCUGUACAGGAAACCGAAUUCAUGAUUGAUCUAUUAAAGGUCCAUGGGCAAGUCGAUUACGAGCGACUUAAAAGAGCCACCGAACGUCUUGAGGGACUUUCCGAUGACCUACAAAAUCGCGAAGAACUGCUGGGAGAACUAAAGACUACCGCGAAGCCUUUGAUUGAAACUUGUGACGGUCAAAUUGUAGAACAAAUUGAAGCAGCCGUCCAAGAAGCUGUCAUUGCAUGGAAUGACACAUCUGGUAAUCUUCUGGACCUUUGCACACGAUACCAACGUGCUGUUCAACUCUGGGAAAAGUAUCGGAAAGCUUCCGAAGUCGUUAAGACAUACAUCGAACAAGAAAUGGACAGUGUAAAAACUUUGGAGCAACCCUUGGAUUUGAAACAACAUGCCAAGGAGUCCGAAGAGAGUUUGGUAAAUCAAAAUGACAAACUAAAUGAACUUCGAGAGAUGGUGUCGAGAAUUUCAGCAGACGUUGGAUUAGAUAUAUCGAAUUUGUUGCAAGGCGAGUUGGAUGCCUUGGGUCAAAAACUGCAGGAAGUUAAGGAGAGCAUAACAACAUUAGCAAAUGUUGCCGAAAGCAAGGAUAUAGAACGAAGGGGUAUAGAUGAAAACAUAAGUCAAGCCCGGACUUAUCUGAAUAAUGUUCAACAGGAUAUGGCUCGUUCUCCAGCAAAUCCAAAAGAAAGUGAAGAUCAAUUGAUUGCUUUGCGAAACCAUCUUCAAACACUAACCAAGACUGAAGAAAAACUCAAACAAAUUCAAGACAGAAAUAUUGAAAAUAACAAUGCCAAUGAUUCAUCAAUCAUCGACGUCCUAGAAUUAUGGCAACGAGUUUUUCAAGAAACAUUCCAAGAGUACCAUCGUUUAUCAUCGCGCUUGGUCCGCAGUCAAAACAGUACCGAAGCUCUUAAGCUCUGGCGGCAAUAUCUGCAACAUGUGCAAUCAUUCUUAUCAUGCUCGAUACCUGACGACUAUAACAGUUUGAGUGAACAACGCCAUCUCUGUGAAAUUCAUCAAAAUCUGUUGGUAAGCCAACAGUCUGUACAGUCAAUUCAUACUGAAUCAAAUAGAAAUGAUGACAGUGUCAAUGUUGAACAAUUCAAAGUUCUGACAAAUGUGCACAAUGAAACCCUUUCUAGGAUCAUUCAAAGAAAUCGAGAAAUCGAAACCAGGAUGAACGCAUGGAACGUCUACCGUCUGGAGUUGAAUAGGCUCUUUGAAUGGUUGAAAGAGAGAGAAAAAGAAAGAUCCAUGUUGCAACUCAGAUAUAUUCAUCUAAAGAGAGUUCCAAGGCUAAAGCAGAAAAUUAAUGAGCUUAUUCAUCUCAUUCCUGUGGGUGAGGAAAUGGCCGAAAAACUAAAAGAUCAGCAAAAACUUCUUUUGGCUUUUAGUGAUGAUGCUUUAGCCACAUCCAUUCGCAUGGAACACGCAUCAGUCAAUCAAAGAAUUCAAAACCUGCGAGCUGCUUUGGAAACAUGGAAUAAUUUCUUGAUCAAAAUAAGUCAGCUUUCGGAAAGUUUCGAUAGCAAAGUUAAAAAUUUGCGAACAGAUUUCGAAAAGGGACAAGAAUUAGUUGAAGACACAACCAACAACCUGCCAUCCGAACCGAAUAGUAUUUACGAGAGAUUAAAUGUAUUAAGGAAUCAAAGAAUCCAUAUCGCAAGCCUAGUUCAAGAACUAGAAACUCUAAACGUUAAUCAAGAGGAAUUGAAGGAAUGCAUAAGUCCACAUGAUAUGAAAUCUAUUCGACAAACUAUUUGGAUAUUGUGGCAACAACACGCAGACUUAGAUUACCAACUUUCUAAUUUAAUCAAUACCAUCGAGGAUAGACUCUCAUUGCUUUCCAUUUUCAACAGCCGCCACGAAAAGAUUUUGAUGUGGAUAAAUGAACUUGAAACAAGAAUCGAAAAGGAUUCUGAUAUGAGUUUAAUGCAAAAUCCUGAAGAGGCUGCCAAAAAUCUGGAGAAACAAAUUCAAUCCGAACUCCAGCUCCGAGAAAAAGACCGCGAGUGGUUGCUAUCAACUAGCAGGGAAUUACUUUCCUUGUACAAAGAUAGUCCAGAUGCAGAAACCAUACGUACUGAUAUUCAACAAAAAUCUGAUCUAAUCAUUGACCACUGGGAAAGGUUGAAAUACCUUUGUAAGCAACGCUUAAAUAAAAUAUCAGAUCUAAAGACAACCUUACUUCGACUGGAUGAACGUAUCGCUCUGAUACGCCAGUGGAUGCUGGAAAUCGAAUCAAAGAUUGCUGAAACAAUAGUUUUUGAAUCACACAUGCCGCCAGUAAUGGAAGCAAAACUAAGCGAACAUGAAGCCAUACAGCGUUCCAUAGAAAACCAAAGUAGUAAUGUUGGUGAAGUCCUCAACCUAGCGGAAGUGUUACUUAGUGAUUCAGAUACUUGGAAAGUCCAUAUCAACACAAAUAACCUUCAAUCAAACGCUCAAAAUCUCGAAAAACGAUGGAAGAGUGUUUGUAGACAUUCAACAGAAAGAAAGGCAAAGAUUAUCAGAGUCUGGAACCUGUUGCAACAUCUAGUAAAAUUAACCACUGACAACAAAUCUUGGGUUGGCCAACGGGAGACUCAAAUAUCUAAUUUAGAAAAAGAUCUAAAUUCUCUAUCACGAGAUGAUCUUACUGAAAGACAGAAAAAUGUCCAAGAAGUAAUUUCUAAUAUCAAAUCGUUUAAUGGUAAACUCAUGGAGCUCGAGCAAAACUACGCCAAAAUUGUAAUUGAACAAGGAAUAGACCUUGAAAACAUGCAAAAGCUUACUAUGCCUACAAAAGUCUUAAUCACAAAAUGGAAAAACCUGCUUCCAAGAUGCUUUGCUAUUUUGGAUAGCAUCGACAAGGAAGCGAAAAUUCAAAGAGAAUUCCACGCUGCACACGAAAAAAUCAUUUCCACUCUUUCAGGUAUCAAUUCUCAGCUUGACGAAGUUGAGAACAUUGAUCCACAAACCAGUUUGAAAAACCUUGAACGACUGGAGCGGAAUUUAAAACAAAACAAUGAUGUAUUGAAGCAAACCAAUCUUCUUGGGGAUCAGGCCAAAAAUCUUAAGCAAACAAAUGUGUCUAGAAUUGAAGAGCUUAUCUUAGAGUACACAACACUAUGGCAACAGAUUGAGCUUAGGAUAACACAGAUCAAAACGACUUUGUUGAAGAAAGUUUCUUCAGUAGAAGCUCCGCAAAAACUAGUCAGGUUACAAGAAAGUGAUGCCGGUGUUCAGGUCGAUACUCUUUCCAAGAAGAAUAAAUUCCAACGCAUGACCUCCAUAACUCCUAAAGAUGCCUACAUAAUGGAACUAGAGACUGCUAUUAAGGAAUGCCAGAGCAACUUGGAUGAGCUUCAGCAAGCUAUUACAGAUAAGACUCGAAAACCCGGUCCGCAGCGAAUCUCAAAAUUAUUUGCCAAUGCCCAAUCAUCAACGGAACUAAUGAAACAUUUGAGCACAAUUCUUAUAACCGAAUGUUCGGCCAGUAAUACAGAAGCCAGUUCUGAGAUGGUCAACGAAUUGAUACUGCGGUAUGAGACCUUACAAUCUCAAUGGAAAGCACGUCAGCAACACGAAGAAAGUACAAGUGAUGUUGGCCGUUUAACAUGUCCGCUUUGUACCCAGCGCAAUUGGCAACAAAUUGAUAAUGACCUAUGGCGCCUUGAGCAAUGGUUGCAAUUUGCCGAAAACACUCAGCGUUCACAAAUAAAUCCACCUAGUAAUAUUGAAAUUCUAGAAGAUAUCGUUCAGGAUCAUCGAGAAUUCUUGUUGGACCUCGAAAGCCACAAAAUAAUCAUAACGUCUUUAAAUGUUGUGGGUGAUCAUUUGGCAACGCACACCUUAGACACUGAUAAGGCUCAGCAACUGAGAGCCAGAUUGGAUAGUGAUAAUUCCCGUUGGAAUACGGUAUGCAUUAACGCAACCAAAUGGCAAAGCCUCUUGCAGACAGAAUUGAUGGGCAACAGUGAGUUCCAUCAGAUAAUUGAUGAGCUUUGCACUUGGCUGCAGCAAACCGAACAAAAUAUUAAGGCCUCAGAACCAGUUGAUCUAACUGAAGACCGAAAAAUUUUGGAGGCCAAAUUCCGAAAAUUCAAGGAGCUGCGUGCAGAAUUGGAACGAUGUGAACCUAGAGUUGUGAGUCUGCAGGAUGCGGCUGAUCAAUUAUUGAAAUCCGCUGAUGAAAGUGAAAGCUCUUCACUCACUUAUACGAGAACUCUUUUUAGGUUAACUGACCUAAGGCUCCGCUUACAAUCCUUACGCAGGCUCUCUGGAAUUUACAUUGUUAAAUUGGGCGCAGUCCUUGGAUACGAUGGAGACAAUCUGGGUGUAUCAUUGCAUAUGCUUUCGAAUGAACUUCUGGAACAAUCCGAAUCAAGGAUUCAACUUUCUUCUUCUUCUAUUACGGCAUCAUCGCACAAUACUGAAAUUGCAAAUUCCGAAGAUGCUGCCGACGGAGAUGUUAUCAACACCACUGUUCUAGCACGCGGCUAUCGAUUCUUAGGUCGCGUUGUUCGUGCCUCACUUCCCAUACAAGCACUCAUGUUGCUUUUACUGGGUGUUGCCACACUUGUGCCCCACGGUGAAGACUACACGUGCAUGUUCUCAAAUACAUUUGCUCGAAGCUUAGAGCCUAUGUUAUCCUACCCCAAUGGACCACCACCAACCUAAAAUCCCAAAUCUUUCCAAAACCCCUUAAAGUAAUAUCAGUGAUAAUUUUAUAUAUACUUAUACCUACCUAUAACAAAAAAUACAAUAAUUUAGAAUUAAUUAUGUAAAUGAUCGAUUCAAGAGAAAAUUCUUUUAAAUAUAAAAUAGUAAAACGCACAUAAUAAAGUUUAUAAAUCAUUGUAAAAUCGAUUAUUAUAUUUCAUGCGUAUCUAUGUGAUGAACAAAAAUAAGUAAAUAAUUAAACAAAUUAAUGUUUGUUAAUUCAGGUCUUCUGACAGUGCUUCCGAAGCGUCUUAAAAAUUUUGAAGCACGGGUAUCGGAAGCAUUACUUCAAUUCUUUUUGCUACAAAAAUAUCUCCCCUUGUUUUUUGCUCUAAGAAAAGAAGAAUUCGAAUCUAUGAUCUGAAAAAAAACAACUGCUUUUGAAAAUAGAAAAAAUUACAAAAUAUGUAUCCUAUAACGGUGCUAAAUCCCCAACCAACAAAAAUAUAAUUUUCCUACAUUUAUUUGUUAAAGCUUAAUAAUAUUUAUCAAACAUAUUGAACAAAAAUCCAUCCAAUUCUUUUAUUUAAACAUUUUAUACUUUAUUUUAUACAUUGAUUUUUAUAAUGAUUUUUUCUGUUUUAAAACAGCUUAAAAAUUAAAAGGUUAAAAAUAAAAUUGAAAAGUGUAACAGAAACGUAGAUCCUAUGGUAAAAUAAAAUGUAAGAGAUAUUUAUAUAAAAAAUUUGUUACUUGCAUUAAACGAAUAUUUAAAUUUAGAAUAAUAACAUUGUACCUAUUACACUUUAAUAUAAUCGAAAUAAAAAAAUUAA